CAGCUGUGGCCACCCUGGCAGUCCCACAUCAGCUUUCUGUUCCUGCCGUUUUGCAUUUCCAGAAUGCCAUAUAAAUAGGAUCACAGAGUAUGUAGCUCUUGAGUCUGGCUUCUCUCACUUAUGUAGCACAUUUGCGAUUGGUCUGCAUUGUUUUGUCUAUCAGUAGGGUGUUCCUCUUUAUUGCUGCAUAAUAUUCCAUCAUAUGGAGGUACCACAGUUUGCAUAUCCAUUUAACACUGAAGGAUAUUUGAAUUGUUUCCAGUUUUUGGCAGUCAUUGAUAAAGCCACAGUAAACAUGAAGGUUUUUGUGUUAAUAUGUUUCCAUUUCUCUUGGAUAAAUAUUAACAUUUAGGAGUAGAAUUGCUGGAUCAUAAGGUGAAUGUGUGUUUAAUUUCCUUAUAAGAAAUGCCAGAUUGUUUUUCAAAAUAGCUAUACCAUAAAAUUAAUAGUAUUUUAAUCAAUAAUAGGCCAUUGGAAUCUCUGAAUUUGUUAUUAGUCAGUUACUUUUCUGAAUGGACUAGAUUCUGAAACUGUUACUAAGGAUGCCAGUAAAUGCACCUUUCAUGGACAGUUCAUAUAGGAAAACUUUAGGUUAGAUGAAGUGAAACUGUUUCUUUAUUGCAGGAUUCUUAGUGCCUAAAACAUAAGGCCCUUAAGGGGACAGAUGAAACAGGCAAUUUCUCUAAAUUUUUUUGACCACGAAUGUCUCAUGGAGCUAGUGUUCUUUGGAACCAAUUUUGGGGAACACUGGGCUAGAGAACACACAUUCUUCUCAGCGAGUAGCUUGUAUUUUAUCUGAAACAUCUCUGUAUUGGUCAGGUUAGGCUCUGUUGUGCUGCAGUAACAGGCUGCCCUCGUUGACAGCUGUUUAAAACAAUAAAUGUUUGUUUCUCAUUCACGCUGUUAGAUUAUCUCAGCAGGCAGAGGGUUCUGCUUCUUGUUGAUCUCACAGGGGUGUGGGCUGAUGAGAAGAGAGUGAGGCUGAUAGCACACAGGCUCUUGGGGUCUUCUGUGUGGGAGCAGCACACACCACGUUUAUUUGCUGAAACAAGUUACAUCUUCACACCUGACUUCCUGGGGAAAUUCAACCAUGAUAUGUUCCUGAGAAAAAGAGAGAUGGAAUAUUGAACAGUUCUAGUUGCCACCUCAGAUUCUAAAGGAUUCAGGGCAAACUAGUUUGUUCCAUUUUGUGUUUCUGUGUAUCUGAGUUGUUGUAUGAGUGUCCUAACCUCAGCACCUGUUGUCACCAGAUCCCAAAGUUUGACUACGGCAUAUCUUUAUCUGAUAUCUUUAGAAGCUGCCCUGGUCCCUUCAGCCCAGUAGGCCAUCAUGUUCUCCUUUAUGGUGAGGCAGAGCUUUAGAACCAGACCACAGAGCAAUAAGCAGUAUGGUUUUAGAGUUGGGAGGGGGGCCCUGGGAGACUCUCUGGCCCAUGGUUUCUAAACACUUCAGAGCGGGAGGAACCUGCCUUCUAAUGAAGGUUUAAGGACAGCGAGCAUGUAAAAUAGAUCAACCCUGAAUAGUUCUGGGAGGACUGGCUGGUGGGCCAAGAAUUCUCACUGCAAGGUCUUUCUUCUCCCCUCCCCCUUCCUACCUCCUCUUCAUCCACCCUAGGGAUCUCUAAGGGCCACUAAAGAGACCAGUUUGAGAGACCCUAAUCUUUUCAAAGCCUUUGUGUGUGUUAGCUGAGGAGAGUGACUAGGUACCAUACAAAUCAGGUUACUUUUGAGAGCAAGGGGCCCUAUUAACCCUCAUGCCAGGACAAUGGGUGUGGGUGGCACAUGGGGCCAUCUGGUCACCUGGAGAGCAAGAAGCAGGUGCUGCUGGAAGUGACUGGUAAGAUGGUUCUGCUGGGUUUGAGAGAUGCCAUGGCAUGGGCCUCGAAGGCUGUUGUUUGUUUGUUUUGCUUUUGCUGUUUUUUGGUGUCAUUAGAGGGAGAGAGGGAGAGUGUACAUGUCUACCAACAUAAAGAUUGAAGGUGUGCAGUCGAGGCAUCCCUGUGGGAAGUGUGAGCUCUGGUGACAACACUUGUUAGACUCUCUACUGAGCCCCUCUCUCCCUGUUCUUAUUUCAUCUUCACGUGCACUCGGCACCAGGGUGGGCCUCCUCUCCUACAUGCUUGACUGAUAAAACCUCUUAACCCUGCUAAGCCAGAUUGCACAGGAGAGGGCCUUCUAAGCUCACUGCCCUUACUUUAAGAGGCUGUGGGGUUGGUUUCACCUUGACCUAUUACAAUAUGCAUGAAGUUAUUCACACUUUGAACCUCUCCAAGAUCAAUAGUUUAUUUCUGGGGGACAUUUUUAGAACUCUUAAUCACUGCCAAAAGAAAGAAAACUUUCUGGAAGUGAAAACUGCCUCCCAAUUACAAUGUAAUGUACUUGCCUUUGGACCUCUUAUUAAUGACCAAAUUCCCCUCGGUCCUAAAGUCCAGGUUGUUUCUGCAUGCAGUGUCGGGGCAGGGGAAUAAUGAGCAAUGCCCAGCAGUGCCUCCAGAGUGUGCGAGCAUCCCAGUGAAGCACUCUGGAAGAGCUCCCAUGUCAUUGGAGUAAGCUGUGCAUCACUUCCCUUCUCUUUCUCCUCAAACUUCACCUUGAGCACACAGCUGUGAGCCGUGUUUUUUAGGAAUCAGAAAAGGUGGUCUUCUUGGGUCAGUGCAUUGUAGGAAAUAAAUGGUAUAUUUUGUUUUGGUUAUUUCUUUGCAUACACUUGGUUGAAGAUGACAAUGAAUGAGGGCUUUAUUUUGUUGAGAAACAGGGACAGUACCAUUAACAUUACCACGAGAAGAUGCUGCCCAAAUGGGGAGAUUAAAGACGCCUAAAGGUCAAGGUUGAAGAAAGGAAAUCCCAGGUGACACUGCCCCUUAUUUUAUUCUUACAGCCUGACAUGCAUGGACUGUUUCCUGUUUGCAAACUGGUGCUGCCCUGAAGUGAGGGGUGAGCCUCCUUAGCCAGGAAACAGCCUAUACAUUUAAGAGGACUCUCCUCAGAGAUCAAAAUUGCAGGUACAGUCUCCGGCUGUGAAACGCUGCAGUGACCUGUACUUACAGCUCAGGGGACAAGGCAUAAUAAGUAUAGUUCUAGGACAGGGAGAGGCAGUCCCCAGAGAAAUUUCAACUGGCCUAAGGGUUUAAUAUUAAAGACCCUGGACACGGAAAGAUCAGGGGAAGCUAAACUUAGAAGGUAGAGAAGCCAACACACAUGAAAGCAGUGACAUCAUCUCACUGCAAACAAUGUUAAAAUAAGAAAUAAACAAGAAUGUCAGGCCAAAAGACAAAAUACACAUGGAGGAAAGAUGUUCACGGAAUAGAUUUUAAAGAGUUAAUAUUUGUAAUAUAUGAACACUCUGUUAAAAGUGGUUGUUUAAAACUACUAAAACCAGACCACCAGCAAAGAAUGUAUAGAAAUAAGUCAAUAGAGGAACUGACAAUAAUUAAUGUUGGAAGACAUUUAUCUUUAUCAGAAAACAUGGAGAAAUGUUUGAUCUUGGUAAUCAAAGAGGUACACGUUGAAAAAAAUGUUGUUUCUCAGCUUUCAAAGUAACAAAGAGUAUAAAAAAGUGCACAGUCUUAACAAGUCUAUGGAGAAGGUUGGUGGAAGGCUGGUGAAAUAAUGCUUUUGGGAACCAGCAUGACGGAUUGGAAGUCUUUAAAACAAGCUUGUCCAACCUGCGGCCUGCAGGCUGCGUGUGGCCCAGGGAAUGGCUUUGAAUGUGACCCAACACAAAUUCGCAAACUUUCUUAAAACAUUAUGAGAUUUUUGUGUGUGUGAAUUUUUUUAAAGCUCAUCGGCUAUUGUUAGUGUUAGUAUAUUGUAUGUGAGGCCCAAGACAGUUCUUCCAGUGUGGCCCAGGGAAGCCAAAAGAUUGGACACUCCUACUUUUAAAUGCCCGUGUCUUUGAUUUAGUGAUGACAUCUGGGGAUCUUCCAAAAGAAAAUCAUCCUGAAAACAAACACAAAAAACAAAUACUUUCUACACAAAGUUUCCAUUUUAGUAUAAAAUAAAGCAAAAAAUGAAGAACAACUUGGAUAUUAUUAAUAGUGUGGAGAUUGCUAAAUAAGAUAUGGUAUAUAAAUUAACUUAGUGUUAUGCCACCAAAUUAAAAUGGUUUUUAUGACCACGCAAUGGCUCAUGCUUGUAAUCCUAGCACUUGAGGUCAGGAGUUCAAGAUUAGCCUGGGAAACAUGAUGAGGCCCCAUCUCUACAAAAUAUUAAAAAAUUAGCCAAGCAUGGUGGCAUCUGCCUGUAAUCCCAGGUGGGGCUGAGGCAGGAGCAUUGCUUGAGCCUUGGAGUUGGAGGCUGCAGUGAACCAUGAUCAUGCGGGUGCACUCUAGCUUGGGUGACAGAGUGAAGCCUGUCUCUUAAAAAAAAUAAUAAAAUAAAAUGGUUUUUAUGAAGACUAAUUCAAUAGAAAAGUGUUGGCUCUAAAAAUGAAGCAGGAUACCAGAUGGCAAGUACACUAAUAUCACUGUAUUUUUAAAAACCUUAUAAAUCUAUGCACAGAGACAAGGCUGGAAGACAACUACCAGAGCAUGACAGCUAGAUUGUGGGUGCUUUAAAAAUUUUUCUCUUUUUCUUUAAUUUAUACAUUUCUUGUUUGUUAUGUGUGUGUGUGUGUGUGUGUGUGUGUGUGUGUGUGUGUGUGUGUGUGUGUGUGUGACAGAGCCUCACCUUGUUGCCCAGGCUGGAGUGCAGUGGUGCGAUCUCUGCUGGAAACUGGAAACUUUGGAGGGGACAUUUUUUCAGAAAUUCUUUUUAGCAUUAUGGAUGCCACUGUUCAGAGUUUCUUAAACCCAGAGUGUGAUGAAUGGAGGAGGAGAGUGCUCACAGGAUGGCCUCACUCCACAGAGGACCGCAUGCCCUUGUUGCUCAAGCCUUCCUUCCCCCAGGCAGCUGCUACAUGCUUGCGUCCUCUGUGGCUCUUGCAAUACAGAGGCGAGGCCCCUGAUGAAACCCGGCGAGGCGUGGUCUGCCCUGGAGGACAGCAGCCAGUGUGGGGGGCAGUCCCUUCUCUCUGUCCCAAGGGAGGAUACAGCUCCACUGUGGUCACUGGCUCUAUGUGAGGGGGUGCAUGCAUCAGAGAUACAACAGAUGAGAGGGCCCUUCAGUUGACUUUUCUGCCUCCAGUUCUUUCUGUUCAUGAGAGGAAAAGCUACUGGUAGACAGAACAAUGUUAAAUGUAAUAAAAAUAAGCAAGUUCCCUGGGUUUAUGCAGUGCCAAAUGUCAAGAUGGUUGUAUACAGGAGAAGACGUCCAAGACACGUCGUUCCCGAGUGUCCCAGAGCUCAGAACUCUGUGAGCACUUUCAGCUUCCCCCAGACCUCUUUCUUCCCUGGGUGUGAGCCCUGCACAGUGCUCCGAAAAGAGCUGGGGUCCAUAAAUACGGAUGGCAAACAGCUCACCUGGGUUUCUCACAUGGAUUUGUUUUCUUGGGGGUCUCUGUAAGGAAGCUUUCAUCCCUUCCUAGGGGGCUAUAGGAGUAUUUUUGUUAAGAUUCAAUGGGUCAUUUCCAAAGUAGUCAUUUCUUUCUCCUCACACAAAAAUGAACUGAAUAAGAAUAAGGAUACAGUUUUCUAGUGAAAAUUGGGGGCUUCCCUGCUCCCGGCCUCCAAUCAAGUAAAAGCUUUUUAGAACAAAUGGACUACAAUAUUCUGAAGUGAUUUUGAAUUUGGCCCCAUAUUUGACUCUGCGGUCCAAUGAGGGACACGGGGCUAGUGGGCAGAUACCAUUGUUUGCACACACGAGACUGGGUACAGAGCCAGGCGUGAUCAUCCAGGAAAACAGGGAGGAAAGAGAGGCCGAUGAAGGCACUGAUUUUUAAGAGCUUGCUUGGUGGAGUAAUAGAUUUUAGGGAGGGGGUUGCUCUGCCAAGUGCUGCAGCUUAAAUGGAGCCAACUGUGGAAAGGAGCUGGCGGCACUGCUCUGGGAGUCCCUUGUCUUUGGGAGGGGUGUUUCACGGCCACCUGCCUUUCAUCCCCACAGCUCACAGCAACUUACAGAAUUUCCGACAGUCUCCUUGGAGACUUAGAGAAAUGUGUGCUGAAGGUGAGGAGUCACUCAGUCACUGGCAACCAGGCGGAGGUGACUGAUAGCGAAAUGUGCUCUAGUUGUAGUGGGGCUUGCAGCUGGGUAUCCUCUGUGGAAUGCUUGCUGGCUCAUGAUAGAUGAGUCACUUGUCUGUAGCGGUGGCCGGGGCUCUGGCCCAGACCCUUCUCUGUUUUCUUAUGUGAGUGAAGGCUGUUGUAUUGCAUAGUGGGUGAACCACAUCUGGGGAUUCUAGACUUGGCACUGCCCUCUCUUCCUAUGGAACCAUGGGUCACCCAUUUAUCACCUCUGGGCCUCAGUUUUCUCACAUGCAAAAUCAGGGUUGAAGCCAGGCAUGGUGGCUCAUGCCUAUAAUUUCAGCACUUUGGGAGGCCCAGGAGGGCAGAUCACUUGAGGUCGGGAGUCCAACAUGGUUGAAACCUCAUCUUUACUAAAAAUACAAAAAAAUUAGUCAGGUGUGGUGGCUCAUGCCUGUAAUCCCAGCUACUUGGGAGGCUGAGGCAGGAAAAUUGCUUAAACCUGGGAGGCGGAGCUUGCAGUGAGCUGAGAUCGCACCUCUGCACUCCAGCCUGGGCGACAAACAAACAACAAACAAACAAACAAAAAAACAAACAAACAAAAUACAGACAACAAAAACUAAAACCAGAGUCAGGGUUGGGCUUGAUGGUCCCUAUCAGUAGCAGAGUCCCCUGGUGUGGCACUUUGACUUGUGGAUAAAUAGGUUUUUCAUUGCUGCAGUUUCAAACCUUCAGCUUCUCUAAUAUCCCCUGCCACUGACGGAUUAUUUCACACGAACCAGAGAGGCCAUUAGGUGAGAAUGCCUUCAUCUUCCCUCCCUCCCACCUCUGAGCACCCUUCUGUUUCCUUCUGAGCUUCUUCCUGUUUCCUCCUGUCGUCUUCUCCUCUCUGGACCCUGAGGGGUUUCUCUUCUCUUCUAAGGUUACUUCUUCCGACUGGACUCCUGACACCCCCACCCCGACCCCUGCCCUUGGGAACUUGAUUCCAUCUCUCUCUCUCUGUCUCUCUGUCUUGCUCCCCGCUUUUCUCACGUUCCAUCUUCUUUCUCCCUCACCUCCUUAUAAUCCACAUCCAAACAAGUCCACAUCUCCCCAAAAACUCCAUGCCUCCCUUUUGGCCAAAAAGAACUCUACAGAGCAUCAGAAGAAUAAUUACUAAAAAUAUAUGUUUAAAAUAAGUGGCCUUAGUAGUAAGCUCUGAGAAUGAGAAGCUUCAUUGUCUAAUAAGUUAAUACAAAUUAGUCGACAGUCAAUGGUGACAAGAAGAGAGCGAAAUAAGUUGGUACUUACAUACCUCAAAACAAAAACUCUCUGAAAAAGCAGUUUGUUUGUCUCUUGACCUAACAAUUCCAGCCUAAGAAUAUAACAACAACAACAACAACAGAAAAGACAAAUUUGUUUGUAGUAAUGGCCAUUAUAAAAGAUGGAAGGAUAUUGGAGCAUUUGAAGUGGAAAAAAAGGAUACAAAAUUCAUCUUGUUGUGGGACCCUCUCCCCUUUUCUAGGGCCAUAUGGGUAUAGAUGCAUUGGGGGAAAAAUGGCUGGAAGAAAUACUUUAGGAAUGUCCUUUUUUUUUUCUUUAUAUCUUUUCAAAUUUCCUACAUAAGCUCGUAUUACAUUUUGUUAGCAGAAAAUCAGAUUUAUAACCAUCCUUCUUCCCUCCCACACAACCUUCUUCCCUCCCACUUGGCCUCAGGCAUUGAGGUUUGGCUUGGUUUGGUCAGCUCUGCUGGGAGGGCCCCUGGGACUCUCUGUCUCCCGGCCUCGCCAUGGUGAGGGUUCGGCAGUUCUCUCCCCCAGUCCCUGCAGUCCCUCUUCUCUGGCUUCUGUAUCUGCCAGUUUUCUGUUCCCACCCUGUGUGUUUCCCUAGUGUCUUGAAUAAUUUUUUUUUUUUUUUUUUGAGAUGGAGUCUUGCUCUGUCCCCCAGGCUGGAGUGCAGUGGUGCGAUCUCGGCUCACUGCAAGCUCCGCCUCCCGGGUUCACGCCAUUCUCCUGCCUCAGCCUCCCGAGUAGCUGGGACUACAGGCGCCCACCACCUCUGCUUGGACCUGAGACACGAUGUUCCCCAGAGUGCUGCUUUCAUGGUGGUUUUCCUGGCCUGACACCUGUGAGUGAUCAGACUGGGAAAGAGGAUUCCCUUUCCCAGUCCUUCGUCCUGCAAGUGGCUGGCUCUGGUGUAGACGGGGGUGUCAUAGGUAGCCUGCCACACAGGGUGGCUCCUCUGUUCGCCUCCUGUUUUCCCUGGUCAUGGCGGGCUCCCUAAGGAAUCACUUCCCCUCUUGUCUGUGUUGGUGUCCUAGCUUAGGUGGCCCCUUUUCCUGCUGUUCUCAACUUUGGUAGCACCUUGGCACCAUCUGGGGAGCUUUGUAGUCCUGAGGCAUGGGUUCCCCCUAGCAGUUUUAAUGUCACCAAUUGGGUGGAAGCCAGGCCUGGGAGUCUAGAAGCUCCCAGCUGAGUCUGCUGGCUGCUACACUGAGGACCUUGUCUCCUGUCUGUGUCGUGCCUCGUUGCAGAUGGUCACACCCAUAGAGCAGCCCGUGCCUAGAGUCCUGGGCCUUGGGGCUCAGAAUGGGGCCAGGCCUUCCUGCUGAGCCGCCCAGUGACACAGGCACUGAUUGGCCACUGGAGAAGCGGGAGUGAAUGGCAACAAGGCCAAGUGGGAAGCCUGUGUCUGCACUGACCGCCGUGCCCCAGGCCGGUCUAGCCCAAAGAGACCUCCUGCUUUGACUUUUCCUUACUGGGCUGUGCCUACCUUGUGAAAACUCCGGUAAAAUUAAUCCAAUGGCUGCUUGGCCAGACAGUCAGGACACAUUUCGUGAGCCCUGGUCUGGGCUCAGAGGUUUGGAGUCCACAGCUGGGCCUUGAUCUUCUUUCCCCAGUGACGUCCUCAGGCUGGGGUGUGGCAAGCUCGGAGAGGAUGGGGACCCUCACUCUGUGGCCCAAAUAGAGCAAUAGGGCCUUUUUCUUCUGCUUCAGAUUAUCUAUUCUCACAAAGGGAACAAGCGUCCAAAAACCUCACAGAACAGCAUUAGGAAAUCAGGAAUUGCAGCCAAAGGACUCUUGUCCUCUGUGUGAGGCUGAGUCGGACUUCCGUGACUCAUGGUUCUGUUGUUUGAGACUAUUAAGGAAAUUGAAUUUAGAGUGUCGUGGUUUGUGAGAACAAUGAAAUAGGCUGUUCAUAUUCCUGUAGCGUCAGCAGCAGAUGAGAUGGGAGGUGUUGUCUUUCAGGCAGACAAUUGGGAGCAGGCUAUUGCCUUGUGCAGGUGUCUUGUAAGGGCUGAGGAAAGCUUCGUGAGGUCUGAGCAGUAGCUGAGAGGUCUGCAGAUCCCCUGCCUCAGUAGAGGGACCCAUCAGCAACUGCCAGUCCUAGGCCAGAGCCGUCAUCAGCCGUACACCGCAUGGAUCCUGAGACUCCCGUGUGCUUUCGCAGCCCUGAGAUUCCAUGUGCUUAGUCUCCUUCUGUUCACCCCUUACCAGAUAUUCCCGGGGCACAUGCUGGAGUGCCUGUCCUUUCUUCUUGCAUCAAGUGUGUGGUGGCAAAUGAGGAAGGGAUUUUCGUAUUCUCCUCAUGUGCAUUCCAGCCAGGGAGGCCAAUGAACAGGAAAUGCUCAUGAAAAAAGUCAGAUGGGGCAGGUGACAUACAGGUAAUUAACACCAUGGGAACAUAUAAUGGAGAAUGACAGAGAAUGACUUUUAUGUUUGGUGGCUGGGGAACAUUUUUAAAGAGAUGGUGUCUAAACUGAGAGCUGAAGAUGUGAGUGGUGAGAAGGGGCCAGGGAGGCAAAGGUCAGGGACAAUCGCCUGGUACAGGGAGACUAAGGAGAGAUUGAGCAUGGUGUUUUCAAAGAACCUCGGGGUGGCCCGAGUGGUUUUGCAAUCCAGGAAAGGAGUUUGGGACAUGUUCUCUGUGCGUUGGGAAGCCAUUGAAAGGCUGUAAUCAGGACAAUACGUGAUCUGGUUUGCUUUAGAAAGAUCUUGAGUGAGUAAAUAGAUGAGUGAGUGGUGAGUGAGAGAGGCUUAGACACCAGAAGAGCUCGUGCCACCGACAUGCAGCCACGGGCACUUGGUGGUUCUGUUUGCCCUGCUCAGCUCAUGUGCUCAUAGGUGAAGUUUUUGCCAUCAGCAGUGAUCAUUAAACAGUGAGAUGGGUAAUUGUAGCGAGGGUAUUUUCUCUGUUGGUCCUAGAUUGCCUAGAAUCCUGAUAGAAAGAAUAGUUUUCCUUGAACUUACAAUUGAGCAAAUCCUCUGUAGCUAUUUUUUUUGUACUGUUUGAAGGAUGUACUAUUUAUGGCCUGCAAAACAAUAGAUUCUAAUCCGAGCUGGAGAUAAAACAUGACGGGGGCAUAAAACAUUAAGAAGCACACAUGAGGCACAACAAAGCAUUAUGCAACAGCUUCUUCAGGCAAAUGUGCACAUUUUGCAUCUAGGAGCAGCUGAGAAAAGUGACACAGAGCAGAAUUGUCCUAAUAUAUAAACCUCAGGUGGUAUUAUGAAAGUAAAUACUAUAUUCAGUCUUUAGGCAAAACCAUCAGUACUGAUUUUUGCCCAUGAAUGCAAUUCUGUCUUCCUGAUGUGUUGGAACUACCCCCAAACAAAUGCCAAAUGUGAGAUUGAAAAUUAAAUUUAUAGGGCCCUAAGCUGUUUGGAACUGUUUUUAAGAUGAGAGCUGUUCCACCUAAUAGUUGCUAUAGGAAUAAGCUGGCAGGAUGAGGAAAACCCAAGAAUGCCAGUUAGCAGGAGAAGAUAUCGGAGUUUCUGUUAGGCAAACACAGGGAGGAAAUAUGGAGAUGGUAUUAUUUGCGGCACUGAGAAUCACAGCCUCCAGAGACAGGAGUCAAAGUCACUCAGAACCUCAAUGCCCAGGCCCUUGAGGCAGCCUGUGGCCCAGGGCAGGUGCCCCUCCUGCUGCUGGCCUUGGAGGGGUGGCCUGAGAACAGGGGAGAUUUUACACACCUUUCCCACUGCAGCCUGUGCCAUCAUCAUAUUCUGCAGGGUGUGGACACAAGUUAGAAGCAAGACAAAGUUGGCUGGCCCUGAGCUUGCCCUUGGGUUUGAGACUUGAUCAGGUGCCAGUAUCUCUAUGGAGAACUGUGAGUACAGUUCUUGCUGUCUUUGUUGUUGGAUGGCGUCCCCUUUAAGUGUUUAGUCCUGUUGUCUGGGCAGCCUUGUGCUGAGGGACCCAUUGCUGAGCAGAGUGUGCCCAGUUCUCAGCAGAUAGAAUGAGAGCCCCUGCACCAUCUCACGGGAAGCUCCCCUGCUGGAGCCCACUUGGGUUCUUGCCAUGUGGCCUCCGUGCUCCUGGUGAAUGUAUAGCUCCUGUCUCUCUAGGGUCAUCUUACUGGCUGCUCUGAGGUUUUCAGACCACAGAGACAGGAGUAGAGCUGUCUGCUGCCAUGGUCAAGGUGAGGCCCAUGCCUGUGGUCAUUCCCUCUGUCCCCAACUUGGGAACAGUGUCAACCUCUGCUGUAACUGGAAUUCCCUCUUGGUGCUUUCAUGUAAUUUUUGUUUCUUUGUGGUUUUUGUCUGGAUAUUCAGACCCUUAGAGUCUGGCAAAAUAAUUUGCACAUUAGUGCUUCCUAUGUGGGUUGAUUAUUUUCUUUUCUAAGAGUCAACUAGAAAUAAAAAGUAAAUUAAGUUUUUAUUUUUAUUGGACAAACUGCACCUCUAGCCUGACAUGUUAUUAUAGGAACUUGGGCUUUGAGGAGACAAAUUUAAGUCUAUAUAUAAAAUAACUUUACGAGUUUUCAUAUUUGCUGCUUAUCCCUUGAACUGAGACCAUAUUUGUUAAGAUUUCUCUCUGAAAUUGGCCACAAUAAAUAUCUUAACAAAUUCAGGAAAUUCAUUCUAAGUCAUCAUUUUUGCUAUAAUUCCUGGACCUUCAGAUUUUCUGGUUAAAGUUGCCUCAGGGGGACCCUCAGAUCUUUUAUGGAGUUUGUAAAUCCAUCAUGAGAGAUUGAAUCUAGAGUACUUAACACUUGAAAUCUAGAGUACUUAACACAAUCCCGGGCAUCAUUUACUGGUCUCAGGAAAUCCUUUGAGGGAACAAAAAAAAAUUACUGCUAUAAUGAAAGUCUCUAAGCUGGCUUAUUCACAAAAAACCAGUGUGGUGAAACAAAAAAAAGAGCAUGGAUUUUUGAAAUCAAGACACCUGGAUUCAUACUUCAAUUUUACACCUAGGACUGUGAUAACAUUGGGCAAGUUACUUAGCUUCUUUGACUUCUGUUUCUUCAUUUGUGAAGUGGCAGGAUACCUGCUUUGCAGGGUGGUUGUGAGGUUGACGGAGGCUGCCUUAGGCUUUUCAAGCUGCUGUAACAAAAUACCAUAAACGCAGUGGUUUAAAAGUGGCAGCAAUUUAUUUCCCACAGUUCUAGACGCUGGUCGUCCAAGAUCAAGGCACUGGCAGAUUCGAUGUCUGGUAAAGACUGGCCUCCAGGUUCACAGAUGAUGCCUUCUCACUGUGUCCUCCCAUGGUAGAGGGGGCAAGGCAACUCUCCGAGGCCUCUUUAGUAAGGCACUAAUCCCAUUCAUGAGGGCUCCACCCUCACGAUCCAGUCACCUCCCCAAAGGCCUCAGCUCCUAAUAGCAUUAACUUGGAGGUUAGGAUUUAACAUAUGACUUUUAGGAUGACACAUACAUUCAGUCCAUUGCAUACUCCAAGGAAUAUCACGCCUAACAGGAUGGCUGGAAAGUGUAGAUGUUUCACCACUGUAGUACCCUCCAGCCUUCCUUUCCACACACAGCCAGUGUAUCUCCCUGCACGUGUCUCAUUUGACCUGUGGAGUUAACGUGCCUGGUGGAAUUGCCCUGGCUCAUCCUAAGGCUGGAUGUCUCUGCUCAGAUGGACUGGGAGGCAGUGGGGAUGCCGGGGUAGAGAUGAUACCUGAGCCUGGAGAGCCUCGCUUGCUCUGAGUUGAACUGCAGUCAAAUGCCCUAGCUCAUCCAUGUGCUUCUGUUCUGACAGCGAUGCUGGGGGUGUCUUCCUUCCAUUCGGUGACACAGGCUUGAUGCUAGGACCCCUCUGACUUAGGGCUCCAGGCCAAUGCUGCAGCUCAGCCUUGAGGAGGAGUUCCCAGAGCAUGAGGAGGACUCAUGUUGGAGGAUGCUGGUUAGUGUCUUUCUGGUCGGACCCUCACUUUUUGAGAUGAUGUGACAUCUUUCCUGUAGUCACAACUACAUUCAACUCUAAAACCAUUUUAAUUUUUCAUUUUCCCAUGUUUGGGGAAUUGUAAUCCCAUGGGUGUAUGGAUAUUAUCCAGAGACAUGAAACAUGGAUUUUGGGUUUGCAGAGGACAAGGAAGCUCUGAGAUAAGGGAGAACAGAAUGAAGUCGCACCCCACACAGAUGCCCACAGAUUUCGUGCUGCAGUGAGUCCUUCAUGUCCUGGAAUCAGCGACACACCAAGAAUGGCUUUCAAGAGCUUUCUUGAGCCCUUUAUCCAAAUCUCUGCAGCCCCCUCCCUGAACUUCGUUAGUUUCUAGAUCAGUUUGCUUCCCAAGUAACCUAGCACACUUGUGUAAGACCAGCUGAGCUUCCCAGAUGAGCCCUGAAUGUCACGGCUCCUGACCGUUCCUCUGAGGACACUUCCUGGAAGUUUUUGUGCAAAACCAUUCUUCUUCCCACCUUAAGACAGGCAUGGGUGGUCACGUGUCAGUCCAGCCUGCUGUGCUCUUCCUGUGCAGAAACUCUUGCCUGGUUACACUUGGCGGCUUCUCUUUAUAAACAAAGGUGUGAGUGUCCUUAACACCUCACAGUUGACGGACUGGCUGCGUUAGCUCUUCCUUUGUUAGUUUCUGAUUGCCAGUGAAGGAGAACAUCUUCUAUAUGUUUUUCCCUGUAUCAAUUAGGAUUUGCUGUAUAACAGACAACCCAAAACUUAGAGGCUUAAAAUAACACCUUUUUAUUUAGCUCACCGUUGUGUGUGUUGGCUGGGAUUACUGGGGCAGCAAGGAUGGCCUGGGUUCCUCUCCACAUGGUCUCUUAUAUCCCCCAAAGGCUAGCCUGGGCGUCUUCAUGUGGUGGACUGAAGGUCCCAGUAAGCAACAAGAAAAGGCAGACUCCAGUGUGCAAGCGCUUGUUAAACCUCCAUCUGCAUCAUAAUUGUUGUUGUCUCAUUAGCCAAAGGAAGUCACAGGGCUGCCAAAUCUAGAGGCAACCUUGGAUGGAAUAUUCCAAGGGCCUGGAUCCAGGGAACAUGAAUCAAUUGGAGGCUGUUACUCUACAAUCCACCACAAAGUCCACUGCCUGUUUUCUUUUGAUUGUUGAUCUUUUAUAUGAGGAGGAGUCUUUUUAAUAUAUUCUGGAUAUUAAUUCUUUCAUUGCUAUAUAUGUUCAUUCAGAUGAAUAGGAGUUCUUACUUUUAAUAAACAAGGUCACUUCUCUCAAUCUUUUUCUUUUCUGAUGUGCUCAUUUUGGCUAUUGUUUUAAAAAUCUUCCCCACCCUUGAAGCCAUACAGAUAUUCUUCUUAUUGUUUCCUGAAAGUUUUAUGGUUUUGCCUCUCGUGAUUAUGUGUUAUCGCUCUCAUUUUUUUCCUUUUGGUAGGAUAAUUAAGAAGUGUUUUUAUUAGGUAAGCUCCAUUUUCUCACUGCAUCAAAGUCAUUUAUGCAGGCCUGCUCUGCAAGUGGCAUUUUCCACAUGGAAUUAAAUGGAUGUUACUACCCUGUAGUUAAUUCCAGUCUAAGACAAUUGCAAUGCAGACAGAAACCUUGAGACAUUAAUUGACCAAACAUGUAUAUUAAAUAGGUUUGAAUAUUCAAGUGCAAGCAAAUAAUUAGUACACUUGGUGAGUGAAGAGAAAAAUGAAGUACUGCAUUUCUUUCCUUUCCUUCUUUCCUUGCCUCCUUCUUUUCCUUCUUCCUUUCCUUCUUUCCUUCCUUCUCUAUUUCUCUCUCUCUUUCUCUUCUUUCUCUCUGUCUUUCUCUUUCUGUCUCUCUUUCUCUCUUUCGUUUUCUCUCUUUCUCUCUUUUCUCCUUUUCGUUUUCCUUUUUCCUUUCCUUUCCUGUCCUGUCCUGUCCUGUCCUGUCUUGCUCUGUCACCCAGGCUGGGAUGCAGCCUCCAACUCCUGGGCCUAAGUGAUCCUCCCACCUCAGCCUCCUGGGUAGCUGGGACUAUAGGUGCAUGCCACCAUGCCCAGCUAAUUUGUAAUUUUGUGUAGAGACCACAGCUCACUAUGUUGCCUAGGCUGGUCUUAAACUCCUGGCUUCAAGCAAUUUCCCUGUCUUGGCCGCUCAAAAAAGGAUUGAUUACAGGUGUGGGCCACCACACCUGGCCAAGAACUACAUUCGUUAACUUCAGCUAAGCAACCCCUGCCCCCGACUCCUACCCUGUUCUUUCUUCAGGUUUCUGUUGAAAAGUUAUUUGGUAAAAGAAGAGGGCCUGAGCAGUGAUUCUUAAGAUGGAGGGAAGGAAACCUAACACAUAAUCUUUGCAAAAAUCCCCGAGCAAGUUGGUAUUAUUGCCAUGACUACAUGAGGAAACCAAAGCUCAGAGGAUCUGGAGAACUGUUGAGCAAGGAACCCUUCCCUCCUGCACCAGAUCUUUCUUUCUUUCUUUCUUUCUUUCUUUCUUUCUUUCUUUCUUUCUUUCUCUUUCUUUCUUUCUCUCUCUCUUUCUUUCUCUCUUUCUCUUUCUCUCUCUCUUUCUCUGUUUCUCUCUUUCUUUCUUUCUUUCUUUCUUUCUUUCUUGACAGAGUCUUGCUGUGUCAUCAAGGCUGGAGUACAGUGGCACGAUCUCAGCUCACUGCAAGCUCCGCCUUCCAGGUUCACACCAUUCUCCUGCCUCAGCCUCCUGAGUAGCUGGGACUACAGGCACCCGCCACCGCACCCGGCUAAUUUUUUGUUUUAUUUAUUUAUUUUUUAAUUUUUUUAUUUUUUUAGUAGAGACGGGGUUUCACUGUGUUAGCCAGGAUGGUCUCGAUCUCCUGACCUCAUGAUCCACCUGCCUUGGCCUCCCAAAGUGCUGGGAUUACAGGCGUGAGCCACCGCGCCCGGCCUGCACCAGAUCUCUUUCUACCAAAUUUUAAGUCAGUGAAAUAUAAAUGAAAACUUGUUAUUUUUACCGUGACUGACAUCAGUGUUUUUGAGGGCAAAACAGUAGGUGUUCCUUUUUUUUUUGUCUAAUUAGAAUUCUUGUUUUUAUCUGUCCUUAAGGUUUUUCUCUGUCUUUAAGGUUUUUCUCCACUCCUAGGAAUGUUCCCUAAGGUUUUGAUAUAAUUCAGGAAUUUGUAUUUAGGGAAAGGCAACUGAACCAAGUUACGAGAAUUUUUAGAACUUUGGAAGCCCUGGGGAAGACAUCUCGCCCAUUGCUGGUCGGACAGAGCCAACGUGGGGGUUUCUAAACAUGCACAAGCUAACAGUCUCCAUCAGCUCUGAAUUCACUUCUGAGCUUAGCAAUGUAAGCUUGUAUUAUAUACGACUUCGUUUCUUCAUGAAACAAUCAUCAUAAUAAAUUUUGAUAUACUCGGAAAACUUACCAGGUUUAAAUAUUUAUUAUUAUUAUUAAAAUAAAUGGAAUAAUAAUGGACUGGAUUUUAAAGGAUCUAGAAUUUGACCGUUUUUCUUUUUCAAAACAUGAUAAAUACAGAAAAACCUUUAACAAAAUAAUAACAGUAAUAAUAAUAAUAAUAGUGGUAUGUUUCCUGGGCUAAAUUUAGAAAACUAUUGAGUAUGAGGCAAAUAUGGGAAACAUAUUUAUAUCAAAGGAGGACCUAGAAGCAAACUACCAUAACUUGCCAAAUUCAACUUCUAUGUUUGUUAUAAUUUAGUAAUUAGCUAUUUUAGAAAAAAAAAAGUGCUUCAAUAGGGAAUUAGGAUUUUCAGAAUUUUGAAGCCCUGGGAAAUAAUUAUAUCCAGUGCUGUUUAGGUAGAACAAAAAAUCAAAUCACUUACCUGGAGUAAAUCCAAAAAAGUGAAACCAUUUUAAAAAUUAUCUUUUUAAAUUUCUAAAUUAACAUUGUUUAGGCAUAUACAUUGCAUUCUGUAUAGCUUUUUUUUCAAAUUAUUAAUAUUUUUAUUUAUUUAUUUUUUUUGAGAUUGAGUCUCACUCUGUCGCCCAGGCUGGAGUGCAGUGGCAUGAUCUCGGCUCAUGGCAACCUCUGCCUCCUAGGUUCAAGUGAUUCCCCUGCCUCAGCCUCCCACAGUAGCUGGGAUUACAGGCAUCUGCCACCAUGCCUGGCUAAUUUUUUUAUUUUUAGUAGAGAUGGGGUUUCACCAUGUUGGCCAGGCUGGUCUCGAACUCCUUACCUUGGGUUAUCCACCCGCCUCAGCCUCCCAAAGUGCUGGGAUUAAUUACAGGCGUGAGCCACCAUGCCCGGCCCAAAUUAUCUUUAAUAAAGAAGUAGAGAGAUGCAAGACACCGGGCCUACCGCGGGAGCAUGAGGGAGUCCGUGCAUUCCUUUCCAAGGCAUCUGUGAGUGCAUGGAGUAGACACCAUGAGCAAAGCUCACCCUCCCGAGUUGAAAAAAUUUAUGGACAAGAAGUUGUCAUUGAAAUUAAAUGGUGGCAGACAUGUCCAAGGAAUGUUGUGGUCAUUUGAUCCCUUUAUGAAUCUUGUGAUAGAUGAAUGUGUGGAGAUGGCGACUGGUGGGCAACAGAACAAUAUUGGAAUGGUGGUAAUAGGAAAUAGUAUCAUCAUGUUAGAAGCCUUGGAACGAGUAUAAAUAAUGGCUGUUCAGCAGAGAAACCCAUGUCCUCUCUUCAUAGGGUCUAUUUUACUAUGAUGUAAAAAUUAGGUCGUGUACAUUUUCAUAUUAGACUUUUUGUUAAAUAAACUUUUGUAAUAGUCAAAAAAAGAAUUAGAUAAUACUAAAAAAUACCAAAUAUUUAAUAUUUUUAAUACCAAUUUUCUAAUCCCUUUAAAGUACAUAAUGAGUUUUAAGAGGAUGGUUUCCAGGGUUCUAGACUUUGAGUUCUCAACCUUAUGUUCUUAAAUCAGCAAAAGUACCCCCCAAAUUAAACAAGAUAAAACUUUUACUGAACACAAUGGCUCAUGCCUAUAAUCCCACCACUUUGGGAGGCCAAGGCAGGAGGAUCACUUGAGCUAAGGAGUUAGAGAUCAGCCUGGGCAACAUAGUGAGAUGCCAUCUCUACAAAAAAUACAAAAAUUAGCUGAGUGGGGUGUCACAGGCCUAUAGUCUCAGCUACUCAGGAGGCUGAGGUUGGAGGAUGGAUUGCUUAAGCCUGGGAGGCAGAGGUUGCAGUGAACCAAGAUUGCACCACUGCGCUCCAGCCCAGGUGACACAGUGAGACCCUGUCCCAGAGGAGAAAAAAAAACUUUCAACAUUAUAAUUUAAAAAGAUGUUUUAGGCUUAAUUUAGAAAGUUUACAUUGUUCAACAGAAGCCGGGUUUAUUUUUAGAGGAAUAGUUGGGUGCAAACUCUCAAAAUUUUCUGAACUUAAUGUUUACUUCUGAAACUCCUUCCUCAGGCUUGUUUUAUAAGCUUUGUCUUUUUACAGGCCUUCAGUUUUAGCUUUAUCAUGGGUUGAUCAGCCGUCCUGGUGUUCCUGGGACUGAGGAGUUUCUUGGGAUGUGGGACUCUCAGUGCUAAAACCAGGGAUAUUUCAGGCAAACUAGAAUGACAGAAUGAGUUAAGAUGGAUUAUGUCCUGAUAAACCCAUCAAUAGUUGGAAGUAUCAUAAGUUGAAAACGCAUGUAAUACACCAAACCUACAGAACCUCAUAGCUCAGCCUAGCCUAAUUUAAAUGUACUCAGAACAAUAUACAUGAGGCUGGCUAAUGUAAUCAGCCUACAGUUGGGCUGAAUCGUCUAACACAAAGCCUGUUGUAUAAUAAAGUGUUGAAUAUCUGUGUCAUUUACCUAAUACUGUCUUGAAAGUGAAAAACACUGGUUAUAUAGGUAUGUGAAGUACCGUUUGGGUAUUGUAUUGUACCAUCAUAAAGUAGAAAAAUCUUAAGUCAGCCCAUCGUAAGUAGGGGACUGACUGUAGUCAAUCACCCUAUUCUUCUUGAACCUCAAAAAGCAAAAUCCAUCAGUUUAAAUUUAGACCCACAUGUGUAGCCUUUACUUUUUUUUUCUUUUUUUUUUUUUUUAAGAGCUAGAGUCUUGCUCUGUUGCCCAGGCUGGAGUGCAGUGGUGCGAUCUCAGCUCACUGCAACCUCCACCUCACGAGUUCAAGUGAUUCUCCUGCCUCAGCCUUCUGAGUAGCUGGGAUUACAGCCACGUGCCACCAUGCCUGGCUAGUUUUUGUAUUUUUAGUAGAGAUGGGGUUUCACAAGGCUGGUCUUGAACUCCUGACCUGAAGUGAUCCGCCUGCCUCAGCCUCCCAAAGUGCUGGGAUUGCAGGCAUGAGCCACCGCGCCCGGCCUAGCCUUUAAAUUUGAUUAAGGUGCUUUGAUUAGUUUAUUUCCUUGGGAGGCAGAAGUGUUUACAAAGAAGAGGCCCCAGGAUAGGCUGUGUCCAUGUGGUUUCGGGACAUUGGGUGCUGCUUUCCGGGUGGGCUGGUGAGGGCAUUUUUUGCUGCCCAGCUCUCAUGUUUCCCAGGCUUGCUAUUUGUUUUCUAAUCCAGGCAACAGAAACACCACAUGUGUCCAUGAUUUUCAUGCUGGAUCUAAGAUGUUGAGGCAGCAAAUUCUUAUUCUGACUAAUUUAACAGUCUUUCGGUUUAGCCUGUGCUUGGGGCUGUGCUUAGAAUUUUGAUAAAAAUGGUUGUAUCUGGGUCAUUUGGAAAGGAAUUUGGCUGUCUGGAAAAUAGAACAUAUAAUAGAACAGGUGGUUAUUAAAGCACCAGGCCAAGUGGAGACCAUGAUUUCUCUUUGAUUUAGAUACAAAGAUUGCUAUAUAGGUUGACACACAAAGAUUUACAAUUUGUAAUUUAAGAUAAUAAUUGUUCAGGGAGCAGAAACCAGAAAGUAAUAUAUGAGUAUUUUUUCUUGAACUGCAUUUUCUUCUUUCUAAAAGCAUGGAAGUCUUUAAUUCCCCUUCCACAGCUCUUAAGGCUGUCAAAUGUAGUGGGAAUGGGGCCUGGCCCCUGAGAUGUGUAGGUUAUACAUCAUACAACUCAGGGGCCAGGCACCAUUCACAUCACAUUUAUCCUAGAUUUGUCUUGAAGGGUUGCUUUUUCUGACCCACAUGAGAAUUUCCCUGGGCUAGUGGCAGCCAGCAUGACUGCCUCACCAACCCCUCUAGCAAGGACUCUUAGAGGAAAACAUGAAGAAAAUCACAUUUUUCUUCUGGUAACAUUUUAUAGACUUCUUCACUCCACUCCAGACCUUUGGAUGUCUGACCUGAGGACAAUCAAUAUGUUUUUCUAGAGUUUUUAGCAUGCAGCAGCAUAGUGGCUUAGAGUGCAGACCAAGGAGUCAGUGCCAUAAUUUUCUACCUGUAUAAUCCUGUGCAAGUUGGCCUCACUGUGCCUCAGUUUCCCCAUCUGUAAAAUGGGGGCAGCACAUUCCUCAUUGGACUGUUGGGGAGGUUAAAUGGAUUAAUGCUGUAAAGUACUUAGAAUGGGGCCUGACACAUUGCAUGUAAAUGUUACCAGCCUCGUUCAGCUUUGCCUCUGACACUGAGCUGAUGUACCUGGGUCUGGCAAUACAGCAUUGUAGAUGCUGAUUAAAACUUGAGGCACAUGUGAAGAAACCAUGACUAUUCCCAUGACCCCGUGAGAAGGUUGGUCAAAUAAUUUCUUUGUCUUCUGCUGGGUUUCACUUCCUGCUGUCUCAGCUGCACCCCCUAACGUUGGUGUGUGGUUGUCUCUGUGCCAGCCGCUCCCAUGAGAGGAGCCUCUCAUUGCCGGGACUUUAGUGGCUCGGGACAGUGCCCCAUGAGCGCUCCAGUUAAGCCAACAGAUGGGUACUUCUAGGCUGGAGGCACUGCCUCGCCAGGGCAGUAUCUGCUCUCUGUGGAUGUCCGAAUUCUCACGGGUGGGCUCAGCGAGACAGGACGCUUCAUGUGACCCACUCUGGUCUCAAAAGCUAGAAAAAUGCUCUGGAAGGAUAUUGAACACCUACGUGGGGCUCUGUGGUUCAGGUUAGGUUACUCCAUUAGAUCAUUUGUAUCUGGAAAGAACAGGGAUGGCUCCAACACUGUACAAGCCUGCAGUCCUCCUAAGGCUAAAAGACACAAGGUGGUACCCGUGUCAUGGUGGUGGGAGGUUAAAGAUUAGUGUGUGUGUGUGUGUGUGUCUGUGUGUGUACAUGUGCACGUGUGCAACUCUUGCUUUGUGUGUGUGGCAUUUCACUUUCCUAAUCAAUUUAGGCAACCUGUUGGGGCUUCGGAAUAGUGCAUCUGGGUUGGAAGUAUCUCCCAGUGAAUGGGUCACACUGUCACACUGGGCUUCCAGCAGACCCCAUACCACCCACCGGUGAAACUUGAGUAAAGCUACUCUAAGAAUACAGAGCAUUGGAGAAGUGCUUUAUUCGGUUAACUUUACCACCACCAGGGAAUGUCUGGGUUGUUCUCAUUUUAAUGAUCAGUAUGAAGGUCUGUGGGGUUGUGGACACAUUCAGGGUUGGACUGGGGUUCGUAUUAGUCAGUCGACUGGGUAUCUUUAUUCACAGAAGAGGCAAAAUUAGCAAAUAACCCCAUCAAAAUCAUCUUGAUAGUUGUUCUCACCAAGGUUGCUAUCACCUCUAUAAUUAUGAAAAUGUUUUAUGAGGUAGGCUUGGGAAUUUGGACACCUUUUGAGAACUGUUGGGAACAACCUUCUCAGUUAAGUAAAGAAACUACUUACCAGAAAACAUGUGGAGGACGCUGGGGUGAUAACUCAUGGUCAUUUCCGAUAAGCUACUUCUAGGGCCAGAAUCUCUGCUGAAUCUCAGCUUCCUGAUUUAAUGAAGACAAGGAAAUGAAACCGCCCUGCCGACUGUUUGUGCUUUUAAUAGGCCGAGUUUUCAGAAAGAGAAGACAGUUCAAUUAGUUUUCCUUUUUGCCCUUUGCAUUCUCCCUGCUUCUGUCCUGCAGAUCAAGGCCUUUGAAAGGAAGGGGAAGAGGAAGUGUUUUCUUGCUUAGUGAAUAGGAUGCACCUUUCCCCUGAGGAGGAUUCCCUGUGUGUGCUUGUAUGUAAAUGUACAUACUCUCUUACUGUCCUCUUUUUCCUCCUCACAAAUGUAAGCCUGUAUGUGCUUCAUAUUAAUACUUGGCAUUCCCAUGAGCCUGCAAAGUCUGGAGGGAGAGGCCAGGCCCGUGCUUCUGGCCGCUGUGACCCAGCACCUGGCGGAGGCCCUCACUGAGUCCUGUCCCCUGAGUGGAGGUGAAAGGUAGACAAGGAAGACCCCACAGUUGGAGAGCCUGCCAUGGACAGGUCGCGCAUUGUUUCACCUGGGCCUGGUUGAGCGUAUUCCUGGGAGUGGGGGAAGUUGACGCUGUGACGUAGUCCUGGGGCGAGCUUGGAAGGUGCUCUGGGCUUGUCAGUUGACAGUGUGUCAUGAGGGAUAUGAGCGGCAAUGCGAUGUCCUCCCCUGCAAGGAAGGAGAUGUUUCAGACUUACCAUUGACUGAAACAGGGAGACGAGUGCUCUCUCAUGGAAACAGGGCAGAUUUGAGAUCAGUCACAAACACUUACCAAGGCCCAGGUUCAGUCCACUCCUGGAGCUUUGAGGGGCUAGUGUGUAAAGGGUACUGAAGCCCUUUUGCUAGGUGCGCUGGCCUGAGAGCUUCGAGGGGAUUUGCCAAUGGGAUUGUGCCACAAUUUUUAUUACUUUUUCCCUAGUCUUCGUGGUCUAAGUUUUGUUUUCUCAAUCUUUCUUUUCUCAUCUUCCUUGUGUGGAGUUAACUUUUAAUCAGGGAAAGGGAAUACAUUGAGCUAUUGAUGAACGAAUCACUGGAGAAAACAGUGAAGUGGGAUUUUUAUUUCAGGGUGUCUUAGGUGGCAGUGCCGGGCGACAGGUGGGGGUGUCCCUUGUCUUCCAUUGUCCCGGAGACUAACCAUCAGCCUCUACCUAAUUGAAUGGCAUUUUUAUGUGUUUUUCAUGAACGGUGGUGGAUGGUGAUGUGUGGGGGACUAGCAGCUCUUCAUGCUGGAGGGAGUUAUUCCGCCUCUGCUCUCAGACAGCCUGUGACCAGGCACGGGUCACAUUGCUGCUCUGGACUUGCACUGUAUGGCAUUUGAAUGUCAUGUAGGGGUACUGUGUAUUUCAGUGGCUGUGUCUAGGCAGCCCGAAAGCCACUGAAUCCCUCUUGUCCACUCUGCAGCCGACAUUCACUCAGCAUCCUGGAAAAGUGCCCACUGGGGCAGGAGCUUCUCUUGCUCAUGUGGACAUGACGGUAAGUCCUUCUUGGAGAGGCAGCAUCAAGUCAUGUUGUUCGUUCUGUGGCCAGGAGGUACAAAGUCAGCUGUUUCUGCUUUUAAGUGAUGUGGGCUUAAGGAAGAGGGAAGGAGGAAUGAAGGAAAGAAAGGAAUUGAGGAGGGAAUGAAAGAAGGAGAGGGAGGGAGAGGAAGGGAAGGAGGGAGAGGAAGGGAAGGAGGGAGAGGAAGGGAAGGAGGGAAGGAAGGGAGGAAGGGACGGAGGGAGGAAGGAAGAAGCCCCAUGGCUUUCUUGUAAAUAGCAGCUGCCCUGAAGUCUGUGAAGGGCACACCAAGAGUCUGGCUGGGAAGUUGUCAGCCAGGAAACUGUGGCCCAAGUUCGUGGUGAGUGAGGAGUUACUUUCUCCCCUUGACCACUGGAGCAGGAUAGACUCUGCCUGCCACCCGUCCCAUGAAGAAGACUUUCCUUCUGAGUGCCUUGGUUUGCGCUUCAGGGAAGCCACUGACACGUUCAUUACCUGUUUCCUGAAUUAGACAGUUAGAGCUCCCUGUCUCAGUGUCCAAAAAAACCAAGGGGCCCCAAGUGCAGAAACAAGGGCUGAAAAUGUAUGUUUUACGGACAGGAGACAGCCAGCCUGUUUAAGUGGAGGCUUUUUUGGAAACCCCACUUUCCCAGUGAGUCACAGUAAACACAGACAGAGCACACUUCUUCUCUGACACCAGGGCCAGGGCUGUCCUGGGCUCAGAGUGAAUUAGACCAGCUUGCCUUUUGUGUUCACCAUUCUAGCAUUUCUUUCCCUGCUUGAUUGUCACCACAUGUGCACACACAUACCCACAUACCUGUGCACACAUGUACACUUUCUUAUUUGCUGACCCUCGCAGCCCUGCCAUCCCUGGGCUACCAGGCAGACUUUCUGAUCUGGAGCUUAACCGGCCCAGACACUGGAAACACCAAGCAACUGGUGGCUGGUAAGACUUUUACCCCAUCAACGAGGCUUACGAAAGAGUAAACUUACCUUAAUAAUGCCUAGUGGCCAGGUUUCCAGGAGUGGGGGACAGCCUGGCGCUGUUUGUAGGGGCUGAAGGGAAUGUUUACUGAGGGGAUCCUGAUGCAGUGGCCACUGUGACAGCCAGUCAGGAGGUCUUGUCCCCAUUCUAAAGAGCGAGAAACUGCAGAGUUGAGAGGACCACAAACCCUAGUGCAGCCGGGUUUUCUGCAGGGGUCUCUACAGCUCAGAGCCUCUAGGCUUUGUCACCUCCUGGGUAUUGGAGGCUUCCUUGGGCCCUCAGCACAGCCCACACCUACCAGGGCCAAUCCAAUCAUGUAGGCUGGCCAGGGCGGUGAGCCUCCGAACAAUGUAUGGGUGGUGCCACCAAUCCUUGUCCUCACUAGGAAUCCAGUCAGUCAUCCCGCAAUUCCCCAGGCCGGGCCACAGCUGGCUGUGCUCCUAACAUCCUUGCACUGACCAGCAGGUCACCAGUACCUCUGGGAGCCUGACUGUGUGGCAGCCGUGUCUGAGUGAUGACUGCCAGAAAGUUCUGGUUUGUUAUUCAGACAUAUAAUACAUGCUGCUUUGAAGACAGUGGCCUGCACUGCUGUUGUCCUUCCUAAUAGGGGUAGGGUCUUGCCAGGUCAGAGCAGGACCCAUCUAGGGGCAGUGACCUGUGCUGAUGUUCUUGGCUGUGCUGGAUUUGACCAGAACACUCUGUGGUCAGGGGUUUUGCCUUUCAGCUCGAGCUGCAGAGAGACCCUCUCUGUCCUGCUGCUUCCCCAGAUUCUGCCCACGGGGCAUCCGCAUGCCCUCUCUAGCUGGGUGAACUAUGUGGGGUCAGCUUACUGUGUAGGCUGCCUCGGGAAGGAGGGAGAGCCUUGUGCUGCCAGGGCCCUAGUUUCCAUUUGGCUUCAUCAGAGAGUUUCUGACACAUACCUACUGCCAGAUCACAUGUAAUAGCUGCAACAUGCCACGCGGCUUGUGGCUGAAGUUACUUACAAAAGCCGGGUUGAGGAAUCCAUAAAGUGUAGGCUUCUCUGGCCUUCAUGGGUCAGAUUAAAGGGUGUCCUGGCCCUGAGGAGCACCCAGACCUGCAGCUGCUGCUGGCUCCUGAACAACUGGCUCUGAGUGUGCAGAGGCCUCGCUCUGACAGUUGAGCCUACCUGAAGCCCUCUGAGACCACCAUCCAGAGCCGGAGGCAUCCUACAUACCUGCAUGCAAGGGGAGGCUGGGCCUCCAGGGCUGCUCUGUUGUGAUUUCUGCUGGGUUGUGUGACGGUGGUGCAUUGGCUGUUGUGGGCCUGUUGGUGGACUAGAGUCCUUGAUUUUCCUUCUGUGCAAAGUCAGGACUCUCUGGGGCCCUUCAUGCCUUAACAUCCCAAGAGGCUUGUUUUGUUAUUUUCUUCCACAAUGCCCUGGAGUUACCAUGUUUGGGCGGCAUGUUAUUUAUGGAGAAGUUGGUGACAGGGAGACCCUGAUGUAACUUGAAUUGUGAUAAUGUCUAUACUUGCUCUCACGGCCUACGGAAGAAGAAUUUGUUUUUCUUGAUUUGGUUCUUUUCACUUCUUUUGCUUCAUGGAGGCUUCACGUAGGUGCAUGUGGAGGGAGCUUUAUUCAGACAAGUUUCCUUGACAUCUCUGGGAGGUCUCUGUUUGUCUGGCUCUGAGAGCAUCUGGUGUUUGGACAGCCUCUGGGCCGGGCGCUGUGGGGAUGGCUCUGGAAACUGUCAGUCAUGCGUGUGCUACACCGUGCACAACAGGGGCUCUGCAGACGAUAUCCAUGUUCUCAGACGCCCAGGGGUUUUCUUUGCUUAGGUUCUCUUUUCUUCCUUGGCCAGAGAUAUCUUUUCCAAGUAGUAAUUGUAAUUUUUUUGGUGGAGGGUUAUUUGUGAUGUUUAUCUCAACCCUGGGAAUACCUUUUUGAGAGUAGAGAGGCUCUCUGGGAUCUUUUCAUUUUCUAAAUUCUCAGUGUAUUUAGGGAAUAAAUGCAUUCCCGAGACUUUCCUGGCGGCUGUUGAUAAGCCUGCAGUGCACUACUGAUGGUUGGCAGCCCUGUGAUUUACCGUCCUCUCCCUAGUGGAAAACCAUGCAAACUGACGCCUAAACCCAAGGCGCCAUGCACAGUCACUGCUGAUCCCAAGUGCUAGGCAAGGCCCAGGUGAGGUGAAUGAGGGAGACCUGUGACCCAAGGUCAGGGAGCUGCAUGUGCCCUUCCAGGAACCACCAAAGCAGGAGAGCAGGUGCAGUUGGCUUGGAUGGGUUCAGGGCCAGAGAAAGGUGGAGAAAGCAUCUGCCUCCCAGUGGCUGUAUCUGGGUUUUAAUUCCAGUUCCAUACUUACCCUCUGUGGAGCUUAGCACUUUCACUUGUAGCGUGGGCACAGGGACACCUUGGUCAUAGGCAAGAGGGCUCCCGAUCUUGUAUGUGGAGUGCCUGAUGCAGGAUCUGACUGGUGAGAUGGCCCAUGGCUGAGAGCUGACAGGCUGUCCAGGGCCAACGGAGGCCCAUGGGAGAAGCGGCCUGCAGAGGGUGAAGAGAAGACUUGCAAUCUUAUGGCCUGAUACUGUCCAUGGGCAAUCCAGGGACAGAAGGCACGGAAACUUCAGGUGACCCUAGCGUGUGUCUGAACCACGUUCCUAAGUGCAUGGUUUCAGGGGAGGGACUUCUUCCUCCCCUACAGAGAGUAAUGGAAGGUAAAUGGUUGAAGCCAGGCAGGCAGGUGACUUCAGAACCCCAUCCUGCCUCUGCUGUGAGAGGAAGGCCACUCUGUUUACAAGCAGUGAGGCUGGUCUGUUUGAGGUGUUCUCAGCCCCAUGUGCCCUUCUCUGGGUGGAGAGCUUUUCCCUCCCUUUAGAGGGCGCUGUGUCUGCAGGAAGGAGGUCAGUAGCAUGAGCACUUGGCCUGAAGUGACUUACACGGGUCCAUUUCUGCCAAGACGCCCAAUGGGGGCCCAACAGCCAGGCCCGUGAGCUAGCCUUCUGUUGUGUGGACACAUCAACAUUUCUGGCUCUGUCACACAGGUAUGGUCAGGGCCCUUUGUAGUUGCAUAGGUGUAAAGCGAGGGCCCUGGCUGGUGGCUCUUCCUGUCAAGCAGAACAAAGCAAUGAUGUGGAGGUGAUUGUCCCCUCCCCAGGGCUCCAGGAAGCCUUGAUCUGCACACUGUGCUGAACAGCACACAGCAAGAGCUCUAGCUAAUCAUGAAGAUUGAAUUUUGUUUGUUUUCAUUGUAAUUACAGCAGAGCAGUAAAAUGUGCAGUCUGUGGAGCUGGACAGGCAGAGGUCAAGGAUGUUUGCUUCUUGGCUUUGGAGGUGUCAGACGUGUGUGAAAUAUGCUCAGCCUCCCACCUGUGUGUGCAGCAGCCAGGCACCUCCCAUCUCCCAGGGACAAACACAAACAAGUGCAUUCGAAGGGAAGGGUGUGCCCAGAAAGAAGUGGCAUGGGGCUGCAGGUGGUGUUCAGUGUUCAUUGAGACUCUGAUGGCUGUGUGCUGGCCAGGCCCCAUGACGACAGGUAAAGCUUAGGACUCUUAUUGAAUUGGAUGUGUAUUUAAAAUUUGGCUCAUUGAGAAUCAGUGUAAUCGGCAGGCAUUUCAAGCCUUUGUCAUGGAUUUAUACAGUGUUUGGGAGGUGGGUCACCCUACUGGUCAGCCUCCCCACCCCUUCACUUACAGUAGGGAAACUGAGGCUUGCCUUUUUUAAAAAAAAUUUAUUAAUUGGGCUGUCUGCUGAUAUGAGACAUGUUGAUGCAUUCAGUGUGGUGUGUAUUAAGAUCUUUACUGGAUGUGUAGCAUUCCACUUCAUUACAUCAGAGGAAGGGCCACAGAGCUCUAUAAAACCAGGUCCCCUAAGAGUGGCCAGAGCAGGAGACAGGUCGGUGGCCCGGCUGCUGAUGCACCAGCCCCAACGGUGCCAGCAAGCAUGAGCAAGCCCACAGGUGCCCCUCGGCCUCAGGGCAGGAAAGCCCUGGGAAAUGCUUAUUAUUACAGUGCUGGGGUCUUUCCUGUUAUGGUUACAGUUGUAUUUGUCUAACAGUCUUAUUUAAAGAAGACCAGCAUCAUGAUUCUGCAUUUAACCAUCUGAAGCUUGAAAGCUUGGAGAGAAACCAGUUGUCUAAGUGGUUUGUAAAUGGGAGAGAUAAAUGUCUCGAGUAACCACGGUGGAAAAGCACGAGGAGGGUGGUGCUUUCACUGUACCUGGGGGCAGCCAUGCUGAUUGCAGGAGCUUUGGGGUUACUGCCUUCAAACCCUGCUUUCGAUGCCCUGGGAACCUCUCAUGGUGCCUGUGGGGUACCCAAGAGCCCAUAGGACAGUGUCCGGAGGCCCCACUCUCUGCAGCCAGGUAAACCUACCCCGGCCCUUUCCUUGCGGCCUCAUCCUUCAAAGGUUUUCUUGUUUUAUUAUUUUAUGUAAUGUUGUUUCUUUUAAAGAAGCUGAGAAAUGAAAGAGCAAUUAUAUGUCUACAACUUUUGUGAUAUUAACCUUAUUUUGAAUUUCUGGUUUACCCCAUUUGUGUUGGUGCAUUCAAGUUAUUAUCAGGAGAUAAUUCUUUAUCCGCAAAUAGCUUUGUUCUCACUCACCUCCUUGGUUCCAUUAUUGGAAAAUAUAUUACAUUUAUGUAUGUAAUGGGCCCAAUGAUAAAAUUAUAUUUUUAUUUUUAUACAAUACUUUCUUUUUUCUUUUUUAUUUUUUUGAGACAGAGUCUUCCUCUGUUGUCCAGGCUGGAGUGCAGUGGCAUGAUCUUGGCUCACUGCAACCUCCGCCUCCCGGGUUCCAGCAACUCUCCUGUCUCAGCCUCCCACGUAGCUGGGAGUACAGGUGCCCGCCACCACACCUGGCUCGUUUUUUGUAUUUUUUUUUGUAUUUUUCGUAGAGACAGGGUUUCACCAUAUUGGCCAGGCUGGUCUCGAACUCCUGACCUUAGGUAAGUCACCCACCUCGGCCUCCCAAAGGGCUGGGAUUAUAGGCGUGAGCCACCACGCCCAGCCGCAAUCACUUUGUUAAAUGAGUUAAGAACGGCAGAGACAUGCAUUCAUACUAUCUUUUAUAAUGACCCGGCUGUCUUUACUAGUGCUCUUUGUCAUUUUAUGUUGCUUUAAAUUAUUAUAUGUGGUCACUUGAUUUUAGCCUAAAAAAGCUUUCAUUGCUAUUUUCUAUAAGGUGGGUAGAUCAACUAGCAUCAGAUUUUCUCAGUUUUUGUAUAUCUGGAAUGUGUUUAUUUUGUCUUUGUUUUUGAUAGGUAGCUUUUCUGGUUGUAAAAUUCUUGAUUGACAGCCUUCAAUCAAAUAAGUAAUGAAAUAGUAGCUAGAAUAUGGAGACUUUAAAAUGUCCUCUGUGGAUUAGGGGGCUGAUGCAUACAUAGAAAGAUUGAUUCUCUCAGUUUUAUUCCUGGGGAGCCAGGUAGAGAAUUUGCUUUUAGGAGGUGGAUUUUCAUUCCUUGAGCAAAGCUAAUAGAUGAACUUAGCUCAUUCUGCCAGGACAGUCUGUCAGUGGAGAGACUAUACUAUUAAUAGAAAGGAAUGUGAGGCCGGGCGCGGUGGCUCACGCCUGUAAUCCCAGCACUCUGGGAGGCCGAGGUGGGCAGAUCAUGAGGUCAGGAGAUUGAGAUAGACCUGGCUAACACUGUGAAAUGCCGUCUCUACUAAAAAAAUACAAAAAAUUAGCUGGGCAUGGUGGCGGGAGCCUGUAGUCCCCAGCUGCUCGGGAGGCUGAGGCAGGAGAAUGGUGUGAACCCAGGAGACGGAGCUUGCAGUGAGCCAAGAUCGUGCCACUGCACUCCAGCCUGGGCGACAGAACGAGUCUCCAUCUCAAAAAGAAAGAAAGGAAUGAGAGCUGGACAAGUCAUUCCCUGGUCAGGACACUCCAGAAGCCCUACAUGGUUUGCAAAGCCAUCUGGGCUGUUCCAGCUCCUCCCUGUCUUUAAGCUACAGAUCUCAGUCUGUGGGUGCUACCUGUCCACCUCCCCAGGAUCCACCUCGAGUCUGUGGGUGCCCCCAUCCACCUCCACAGGAUCCACCCCAAGUCUGUGUGUGCUCCCCGUCCACCUCCCCAGGAUCCACUCCGAGUCUGUGGGUGCCCCCAUCCACCUCCACAGGAUCCACCCCAAGUCUGUGUGUGCUCCCCGUUCACCUCCCCAGGAUCCACUCCGAGUCUGUGGGUGCCCCCAUCCACCUCCACAGGAUCCACCCCAAGUCUGUGUGUGCUCCCCGUUCACCUCCCCAGGAUCCACUCCGAGUCUGUGGGUGCUCCCCAUCCACCUCCCCAGGAUCCACCUCGAGUCUGUGGGUGCCCCCAUCCACCUCCACAGGAUCCACCCCAAGUCUAUGUGUGCUCCCCAUCUACCUCCCUAUAUGUCCUGCUGGGCUUCUUACCCUUAGAGGUGCUCGAUAGAUAGAAGAUGGCAAAAUGAAUCAAGUCUCAGGGCCAAAGCCAGGCUUUUUGUAAGAUCUCAAGGCACGAUUUAAAACCAUGUGCAUGAGCUGACAGUUGGAUGUCAGGAGGUCAGGAGUCUAGGUGGUGGUGAAUUUUACAACAGAGAUGAUAACAGCCCCUCCCACUGAGCCCAGUAGAUGCUAGAUGUUUCCGUAAGGGCUUUCUGUGUAUCCUUAGCCAGUGCCCUUCCCAGGCCCACCGGGUGGGCAUCUCAUUCUUCUGAGGGCCGUGGAGUCUGGCCAUCACCUACCGUGCAUGCCGCACCCUCCUGAGGCUUUCUGGAGUGUGCUAUUUUCCACUUCCUGUUGGACAGACAUCUUAAACAUCCUUAUGUUUCCCAGACAUCUCAGUCUGCCUUCCUAGCAUAAUUCUUCUUGUAAGAAAUGUAGGAUUUUGUGGGUGGCAGGGGGACUAGGGAACAUGCAUCAGGGAUAGCCGCAUGCUCUGUCUUAGAGGCAUCAUCAGCCUGGGGAACCUGGCCAGCUCUUGUGGACCGCAGUCUAAUUGGCCUGCUCCCUGCAGAGUGAGUGGGCUGCUUAGACUUUGCCCCCUUGAGGCGUUGCGAAAUAGGAUGGUGUGUGUUUUAUUUUUUUUCCUUGUUAUUUAAGAAGGAACAUUGAAGAGAGCCAGGAGGGUUCCUAGUGGAAAGGAAGGCAGGGAGAACAGCUGCACAUUAGGAUUAAAGGGCCAAGGCAGGACAAGGCCAGGGGAGCUCUGAGGGCAGCUCGUGGGCUGUGUUCGCCAACUGCUGGAGAUGGGUGAGAUGCGGAAAACAAGCAAAAUACUGCAAAAUGGAAGAAAAAUUGACCUUUCCUGUUAUCCAUUCUCCUCACAGUUUAUCAGAUGGUGGAAGGAAACACUGUAAUUCUAGAAAUAAGCCCCACCCUGACAGUGAGCCCCCACCUCCCAGCGUGGAAAUAACCCAUUCAGGGCAGUGGCACCCUGCUGCCCACCCUUAGGCUGCUAUAGGCCAGUAUAGGCGGGGGUCCCUGCAAGCCCAGGUCUCCUUCAGGGCAGGUGUGGCUCUUCCUCUCCCAGAUGACUCAGAAAGCCCCCCAGGGGCCUGCAUGGGUCCUGCCAGGUGGCCAACGCUGAAACAGAAUGUGUCUUUGAUUUGGGUUGAAUUUAUAGCCACAGGUCAUCUGAUUAUAGUCAGAAAUUCUGAAGGGAAGUUGCAGGUUUUUAUCAAUAAAAAAUGUUUAAUUUAAAAAAAAGAGAUUGGCACAUAAAAGCUUUUAAUAUGCAGGGUUGCAAGGGCAGAGAGAAAUAAUGAGAGGUCCUGGGUGGGUCAAGGGGGUGGACACCACUGAGCUGGGGCAUUGAGACCCUGCCAGCACCAGCUGUGCCCAGUCUGAAGUUUCAGAGAUUGAAGGAAACUUGAAAUUACCCACCGAGCCCUGGAGAAAUCCUUGGGAGCCCAGACAUUUGCUUAUGUGCGCAUGUGUGUCAUGUGCAUGUGUGUGUAUUGUGUGUAUAUGUGUAUUCGGUGUGUUGUAUGUGCAUGUGUGCUGUGUGUGUUGUGUAUGGUAUGUGUGUUGUGCGUGCAUGUGUGUGUUGUGUGUAUGUGUAUUCAGUGUGUUGUAGGUGCAUGUGUGCUGUGUGUGUUGUGUAUGGUGUGUGUUGUGCGUGCAUGUGUGUGUUGUGUGUUGUGUGCAUAUGUAUGUUGUGUGUAUGUGUAUUCAGUGUGUUGUGUGUGCUGUGUGUGUUGUGCGUGCAUGUGUGUUAUUUGCAUGUUUGUGUUGUGUGUAUGUGUUGUGUGUGUGUUGUAUGGUGUGUGUGUUGUGUGUGUAUGUAUGUAUACACAGGAUCCACUCUGCAUCUGACAAGAGGCUGCCCCAAGCAGGAUUGUCCUCCGAUACAACAAGACUCGCAGGAACAAGUCUGAGGACUUGACAAGGGACACCUAUGUUUGGGAGUGGUCCCAGAACGGCAUCCUUAAUCUGCCCCUUCACUGCCUUCAACUCUCAUUGUUCUCCUCAAUACAGUGAAGUCCUUAAACCACUGGUGACACCAGGGACGUUUUGUGCCUGAUGCCCGUCACUGAGACCUUGGAGUGCAGAGCAGGGCUCCCCUCAGGGCUUAGCUCAGCAGAGUCCUCAGCACAAAGGGCAGCUCAGGAGCCAGUGCUCAGCCACAGAUUGGGAAGGCUUCCAAGCCGUAGUCAGUGGGCAGUGACACGGCCCACGCUUGCUUCAUUAACAGCCUAACGAGAGACAGGGGUGAGCGUGUGCCCACUCGCACAUGCAUGAGAGAGCCAGGGAGGGAGUCACCUCAUGUUAUUUAAUCACCCUCCAAAUAUUCAGAGCUGGAGACCACUGCUGCAGACCGCCUCCCACUAAGGACAAGCUGAUGUAUGUCCCUGAGCAGGAGAGGAUGUCUGUGAGCUGGCUUAUUUACAAAUACGUGUAAGUGGCAGUUCUUAAUUUGCAAAUCUGUGUCUUUAUAAGACUUGAAGAACAAACAAUAAUACCUGCAGACAGAGGUGGAUAAAAGCAUUGCUCAGUACUGAGAUACAUUAUCAGUGAAGGCACCCUGAAUGCCUCUGGUCUCUGAUGGGGAUCGCUCAGUAAUCAGCCAGGGAGGUGGUCAAACAGGAUGGGAGUUGCUUCCGAUCGGUGAUUUCCCCAUGUGUGCUUAGGUUUCGUCAUAUUUUUUAGGCAUCUCCCUUCCUCUGAAUAGGAAGUGCGUGUCAAGGCACACAAUGGAACCAGACAUAGCUUCCUGUUAGGUCUGUGGGAGGUCAUGGCUGGUGAAAGGGCAGGAUCCAAACACAAGCAUACCAGGGGAAGAAAACCCAAAAAGACCCCAAAGGUGAUCACUGUGCGCUUUGUACAAGUGCUGAGCUUGCCCAAAGAAAGAAAGAGACGCAAAAGAGAAGCAGCACUGAGGAAGCCUGGCUCCCGGGCUGCUUUUCAUAAAGACAGAGUCAGUGUUGCUGAGACACAGGUGGAAAGUCUUUGUGCUUGCUUCUUUGAUCAGCCCCACUCCCUUCCAACAGAGCCUAUCAAGUUUGCUUCCUAAUGAGGGCCCCCAAGUGCCGGCUGUGAUGGGUGGACCAGGCUGAGGGAGGGCCGGGAGCCAGGGGAGCCACUCCCAGCUGCCGCCCCUGAGGUCUGGGAGGCAGGAGCCCCACCCGUGAUCCCCUUUCCCUUCUUUUACUCUCCCUUCCCUGUUUCUCAGUGCAUGUCAGGGAAGCAUCAGACAGAACACAGUUCUGCAUCUGUCCCUGGAGCGAGGCCGAGUCAAGCCCUGUUGGGGAGGGAGAGGCCCUGUGGUCGGGCAAUGGGGCCAGGCUCCUGCUGGACAGAGGUUGCUUGGGAGGCCACUGAGGGGAGAAAGGAGCUGCUGUAGCGCAGCCACACUCCUGGGCCCCUGGACAGGACAGGAUGGGAGAGGACAGAGCACCCCAGCUCUCAGCCCUGCUGCAGUUGUGCGGGUGAAACGGACAUCCCCACUAAGGGUCCUUGGACUCUGUGUCCAGUCCUUGUGGGUGAGGGGGUCUUCCAGACUGUCCCCUAAUCCCACCUGGAGCCCAGAGAAGGGGCCGAUGGGGAGGAAGGGGCUGGGCGGCUCCACUCACCUCCUUUGGUCGUCACUUUUGCUGAUGUUUGUGAUGUUAAAAGAGAUGGAGGGGAUGGGCAGGCUAGAAUAGGUUUAUCUUCCCCAGUGGUUUCUGUGUGGAAUUGAAAACCCUGAGCCCUGCCUGCUGAAGUGAGGUGCAGGUGGUCCCCCACUUAACAAUUUUUAACUUCAAGAUGGUACAGAAGCGAUACACAUUCAGUAGAAUCUGUACUUUGAGUUCCUACACAACUACUCUAUUUUUCACUUUCAGGGCAGUGUUCAAUAAACUGCAUAAGUUAUUUAAUACUUUAUUAUUAAAAAAAAGGCUUUGAGUCUGAUGAUGUCGCCUACUAUAGGCUAAUGUGCGUGUUCUGAGCAUGUUUAAGGUGAGCCAGGCUAUGCUAUGAGGUUUGGCAGGUUGGGUGUAUUCAAUGAAUUUUAGACCUAAUGAUAUUUUCAAUUUAUGUUGGGUUUAUCAAAAUGUAACCCCAUUAUAAGUCAGGAAGCAUCUGUAUCUUUUUCCCUUUUCUGGGGGACACAAAUGUCCGAGGAGGACCUUCUGAGCCCUAAGACAUGCCCAGGUGAUGAGGCUUGAGGACAGCUCCUCCCAGGCACAGCCCUUUCUCUUGUCCCGCACUGUGCCCUGUCCAUGGAGCCACGAGGCACAAGGGCCACACGUGGAUUUUGUGCUGAGUGGCAUUGGAAGCGUGGGCAUCAUAGGCAGUUUCCCUGGGGGAGAGGGACCACAGGCUGAGAUUCCUCUCCAACCUUCACCCUGGGAGCAGCUACUGUGAUAGAGCCAGAUUCCCAAGUUCUCAUUCAUGGUAUUUUGAAAUGACAUGAAGGGACUGCCGCCAAACAAGGCAGGAUAGCAGCAGCCAAGAUGGGAAAUCCUUGCCUUCCCCCUGGGAGAACAGAGGGAGCCUCCCCACACACCGUUUAAUUUCCAGAAAACACUGGUGCUUCUCCAUGGCUCUGCUGGCCGACCACAUCCUCCUAACCUUUUAAGAAUCCAGCCCCCCUUUCUUCUGACUUUAAGCACCAGGUAGUGCUUAAAAGAUAGUUGCCAAGCCAGGUGUGGUGGCUCACGCCUGUAAUCCCAGCACUUUGGGAGGUCAAGUCUGGUGGAUCACUUGAGCCCAAGAGUUGGAGACUAGCCUGGCCAACACGGUGAAACCCCAUCUCUACUAAAAAUAAAAAAAAUUAGCUGGACAUGGUGGCGUGUGCCUAGUCCCAGCUACUCAGGAGGCUGAGGCACGAGAUUCGCUUGAACCAAGGAGGUGGAGGUUGCAGUGAGGUGAGAUCGUGCCACUGCACUCCAGCCUGGGUGACAGAGCAGCCGGGAGGGGUGAGGGGCACUGAAGAUAGUUACCAAGAUACUUGUGCAUUUUAGGAAUUGGGACCAAGACUCCAGAAUGUUCGUGUGCUCAGGCAUUUGUUCAUUACAUCAUCCUCAGUCCCAGUGUCCCCUCAUCCCCUCCCAGGAAAGCAAAAUGUAACUACUACUAAUAAGCUGGUUGUACAGAGAAUUCCUAGCUGUACAGAAAUUAAUGAAGCCCUAGGAAAGAGAAUGUGAUGAAAUACUUAAUAGAUUGCGAUUGAAGCCACUGUCUGAAGCUGAAGGAAGCAGGACACCGUGAGCUUGGCUGCCGUGGGGCAGGGGCACCAGUCCCUCUUCUCUACCCAACCACCCUCCUCCCAGCAGUCUCAGCCCCCACCUGGGGGUGUUGGAGGAGUGUUUGGAUUGAUGAUCAGCAAAUUGGGGCAGCAUGUGGCCUGUCACAAGGAAGAUCUGGGGGGUGAGGAUGCUGGUUAGGCUGGAACACCUGAAGCGUAACCUCCUUAAGGCGAGUCUGUGGUUGCCUGAGGUGGCAAGCAGCCCUGUUGGAGUGCCGGACAUGGGGAGGAUUGCCAUUCAGAGGCAGAAAGCUGCCUAGCGGGAUAGGCAGGCUCAUAGAGUGGCUGUGAUUCCUGCUGUAGGACUGGCUGAGGGUGCCUGCAGCUGCCACAGGGAAGGAAACGUUUCUUCUUGUUUCCGCUGCCUGAGCUGGGGCUCUGAGCCACUGGACUUAAUGUGGACAGGAGGGUGAGUAGAACCCAUCACUUCCUCUGUGAUCAGCAGUGACAGCCCGGGGCAGUGUGGCCGUUUCAGGUCAAAGCGGACUUCAUCCCAGGAGGCCACAGGUGCAGGGCAUGACCCAGAGAUACUGGGUGCUAAGCAGAGGUAUGACAUAGGUGUCUUGGCCCCGUAUCUGGGCCACGCAGGUGGUGUCUGGAGCAUCCUUUGGAGACCGUUCCUGGACUGUUACUCCUCUUACGUAGAUUGACCUUUCUCUAGCUGGGGAUGUUGGGCCAGGCAUACCUGCCCAUGGAAAACCAAAACUGUUACAGACAGAAGUCACAGUGACAGAGCGUUGGUAGGAUGGAGUGGCCAGGGAACCUGUGAGAGGAGCCUGUACCGACACUGCCCGCCUCACACAGCAUCAGGAGGGAGACACCGGCGGGGCCCUCCAUGGCUAAGUGGGUUCUGCUUCUGAAUUGCAAUUUCUUUUAUAUGUUUAUUCCAUUUUCUGGGUCACCCCUCAUUGAACAUUUACUAUGUGCCUGGUGAUGUCCUGAGUAUACAUUAAUCUAAGGCGGAGUCAGUGUUGAUCCAUUCCACCCCAGCUCAAGCACCCAGCCAGCGAACGGGGCGAAGUGCAGACAGAGAGCCAGAAGCAGUGAGGGUGUGUGCUUGGCUUCCUGGAGUAUUUGCUAAUGAGCAAAACAAGGUUUGCCGGCUCGAAAUGGAAAAGCAACAGGAAACCAGGAAUGAACUGCUCCAGAAAAGCCCUGGCCCUGCACGCAGGAGUCUCCUACCUUGUUUGGUGUGAAAUCUGUAGACAUCUCCUUCCUCAGAGACACAGCUCCUCCCAGGAGGAACCUAGAGGGAUGUGCAAAGAAAAUCUCAACCCAAAAGCUCAAAACUGUAGAGUAAAAACAUUUCACAUUUGGCUUUUGGAGUAAGAGUUUUUAAACAAUGGAUACAGACCAUAUUGCUGUUCACUUUCCCGUAAAUCAACGUGAGACUUUGCUGUCAGCCAACAUGACAGCAGUGAACAGAGCCCAGGGGACCCCUCAAACUCAAGAUAGUCAAGUUGUAACUAUGGCAUCCCAGCCAGGACCUUCUGGAGUGGGGACCAACAAUGGGGUGAGGCCCCGUGUGGUUCCCAGGAUGCCAGAAGUCCCAUAUCCAGAUACGUGGUGGGUGCUGCAUUGUCGUUUAGGACCAAGGGCCCCCCUCUGCCAAUUCACUGCCUGUUUGCACAGAAAGUCGUGUGUCCUCAAUAUUGGACUUUUGUGGUAUCAGUAUUGAGGCCCACAAUGUAUCUGACCGUCUUUAAAAUGCUGUACAAAUCUGAAUUGAAUAUAAGUAUCCUAUAACUGGAGUAUUGAAUGCGGCUAGAAUCAUCCCAAGGCAGAAUUGAGAUUCUAACCGCUAUGCACACACACUCACAGCCCUGGAUCCUCCUUUGUGUGUGUUCUUUCAACAUGGUGAUGGAUAAUUUUCAGAAUGGGGUCUUUGGGUACAUCUGGUAUGGGUGAACCAUGUCUUGACACUGAGUGACAUUGGGGUGCUGCCCUGUCCCAUCCCUGUGUCAUGGCCGGGCCUCCUGCCCCCACCACUCAGGGCAGCCCGUCUGCCUCUGGCCAGCUGUCGGAGCUGGACUUAUCCCUCCCUGGUCUGAGGAAUAAGAUGUACCCUUGGGUCAGAACCCCCCACAGCCCUCUGCAAUGACUGUCUGACAGCCUUUUUCCUAGUAAGCUGCUGCUUGCUUGUCUAGGUGAAAUCUCUAGCAAUUGCCCAACCAAAAACUGGGUCUUGGAGCUGAUGGCUACGCAUCCCCUGAGGGUACCUCUGAAAAGCAAGACCUUUUGAAGGAUGGAACCCUGAAGAGCUGGUGCAGAAGCAGGACUGUGCGGGCACCAUGAGGGCAAGCACGAAGCCAGCCAUCGGCACAGGCCCGCCAGCGUCCCACAGCUCCACACCGCUUUCCUGGUGUGCGGGACGCAGGGAGCCCCCUUCGCCUCUAACUGUGUGCUGCACUCACAGGGGCCGAGUAGGGUGUGUUUCUUUUGGUGAUGAUGUCUGCUUGGGCUGAAGGCUCAGAGCGCUCGUUCCUUUGGAGACCCUGCUGCAGGCGAGUGGUGAGCACGUGCUUCCGCACAGACACAGCUGCCAGCAGUCCUCCUCCACACCGGUGCUGAGUUGCCAUGGACACAAUACAGGCUGGGCUGUGUGUGGUCAGCAGAGGGGCACUGGCCCAGCUGGAUGGGUAUGUGAGAGGGUUUAUGAACCAGCGUCAAUGCAUCUCAGUUAAACAGCCCCCGGUACUGCCGCACACGCAGGACAUCAGGCUUGGUGUGUGUGGGUUCCCGGACUGGUGUUCUGUCGGCAAACGUUCUCUAACAUCCCUGACCCGGUUCCCUUGUCAUGCCAAGACAGUUUCCUAGCAGCCUUAAUCAUGAAAGGAAUCACAAAGGACCCGUAUUUUUUCCCUAUUAAGCUACUGGAAGAAAUUAAAACAGGGAAAGAAAAUGGUUACCUUUAAAAAGUUGGUUUUAAUUUUACCAGUGGGAGAAAGACCAAUAGUCAAAUAGAAGUUGUUUACUGAGUAUUUCGGGUUGAAGAGAUACGGGUUCUUGAUGACCAUCUGGAUGAUUUAGGAUGAAUUUUAAAAUCUGCUGUACAGGAAAUUAAGGCAAUGCUCAUUAACUAGGAAGAUCCUAGGCCUGUCCUGAGAAUAACUGCACAGUCGUCUGUUCAGUGCUGCCUGCCAGGCUGGGAAGGCACAUGUGUUUCUGUGGAUGUAUCUGUGGGGCACUCAGGGCCCUGGAGGCAGAGUCUUCCUGAGCUUGUCUGGGAGGAGUGCUUCCCUUGGUCAUCCCAAGCUCCACUGAGCCUUAACGCAUGGAUGAGGGGGGACGCAGGUCUCCAAGGGGACCCUGAGACCCAUGCCUGCCCCCAGGAGGUAUGCGGGGCUGGGCGGAGGUGGGGAGAAGGGAGAACUGAGAGCCUGCAGCAUGUGCCAGUGGAGGACCAGGUGAAUGCAGACCCCACUCACUGGGCACGUGUUUAGUGAAUGCAUGUGAGGUGCCAGGUGUCUUGCACAGAUGGGGAGUUUUGUGGUGGGACAGGCUUAGAGUCCUCCUCUGCUAGAGCUUAUGGCUUCAUAUGAUGAUAGACAUUAAACAUGCGCAACUGCUGAUGGGGACACACGUUGUCAGGGACGCAUGAGAUCUAUCAGGUUGCAGGGUAGGAAUCACAUUUAGAAGGUCAUAGAUGUCCCUUUCAUAUGGUGACAGGGUAUGCAGGUUGUGACUGAAAUCCAGAUAUGCUGCUUGAGACCAGGCUCAGCAUACAUACUGAUUGCUUAUAAAGGGGUUGCUUGAAGUGAAAGGAAACAAGUAGGCUACUAGAUGAAGAAUAUGGGCUCUGGUGUGGUAGGACUGGGUUUGGUGCUUGCUUUAGGGCUAUGUGACUUUCUGUAUGGAAAAUGGAAUACUAAUUAUGCUGGCAAGGAUAACACUUACCAUAGUUCUGGGCUUACAAAAGAGUGCCAGUAAUAUUACCUCCUAUGUGUGAUUAUUAUUAACAUUACUGCUAUUUUAUUAUCUUUAUUGUCAUGUCAAGGAAAAUCAUUUGUGGUAAUAUGUCAAAGGCAACUUGUAGUUCUGGAAAUCUUCUAGGAUCUGGAUUUCUUAGAAAGUUAAAAAGUCAUUAUUCCUUGGAACAAACAUUAUGGAGAUUUGAGAUUUCAAGUUCAUUGGUCCUAAACAUGUUAUCAUUUUUUUUUGUAUAUCAAAAGUGAAUUCCUAGGUGUGUGCCCAAAAGAAUUAAAACACAGGUGGUCAAACAAGUAUACAAAUGUUCAUAGCAGCCCUAUUUACAGAGUAGCCAAAAGGUCGGACCAGCCCAAGUGUCUAUCAGUGGAUGAGUGGAUAAACAAAAUGUGGCCUGUGCCUGCAAUGGACUUUUAUUCAGCCAUCAAAGGAAAUGAAAUUGUCAUAUAUGCUGCAUCUUGUGUGAACCUCAAAAACAUUAUGCUCAAAAAAAGCCAGCCACAAAAGGUCACAUAUUGUAUGAUUUCAUUGGUAUGAAGUAUCCAGAAUAGGUAAAUCCAUGGAAACAGAAAGCAGAUUGGUGGUUGCCAUGGGCUGAGAGGAGGCGGCAAUGGAGCAGAAUUACUUCACGGGGGUAGGGCUUUAUUUUGGGGUGAUACAAAUGUUCUGAUAGAGGUGGUGGCUGCAUAACAUUGUGAAUGUAGUAAAUGCCAUUGAAUUGUUCACUUUAAAAUGGUUAAUUUCAUGUUAUAUGAAUUUUGCAUCAAUAAAAAAGCUAGUUCUAAGCACCAUUUAUACUGCAAUAUUUAUAGAUUACCAUAAUGUAAAAUUGUCCCCUUAGAACAUCUCACUUAGAACAGCUUCCACCAUUAAAAAAAAGAAAAUGUGUUCCACGCUUGUCUGCCUUAUUAUCACCACAGCAAGAGCCUGAGGUUGACCUUUCAUGAAGCUUUGCACAAUCAUCAUGAAAUGUGGUUUCUCGUACUUUGCUGCAUACAGUGAGGCCCCGCAGAGGCUGCCACGUGAGACUGAUAUUCAUCCUACCCUCUCUUGUGAUCCAGAGAAAUAGGAGAGCCUAGAGGCACACCAGGGGAAAUCAGAUCACCAGGCUUCACUUUAUAUUUGUGAUAAUGUUGAUAAGUUGCUCAGAGCCCUGCCUGUUGGUUAGUGUGAUGUGGCCUGAGGAGGGUUCCGUGACCCUCCAUUCAGUUGGACCGACACCGGAAGUCUGCUGUAGGCCAAGGCAGCAGCUUAAUCAGGGCCUUAUUUAUUGAUUCUGGGUUGUAGGUUGUUCCCGAUGACCUAGUUGACUAGAAAGCGUCACAGGAAAUGUGCAAGUUGGCUGAUGAGCACUCAAAGAGCGCCCCGCACCCGCCGUGCUUCUGCCCUUUUCCUGCCCUGCCUGGGGAACGGUUGCACUUCCAAGUUCAAGGAUUAGCUGAGGUUGUCUGGAUGCUUGAUUAGCGCGUCCUUUUAAAAGGUUCAUGCCUCAUCUCGCUGUUGGCCGGCGUACCCUUCCUCUCCCGGACAGCUGCACCUGCUUCCCUGUGCUAAUGACAGUUUAUGAAGCGAGGCACAGUGAGAGGGAUCUGAAGGGUUCGCAGGGAGCUGGUAAUAGGAUCUAGGCUUUUCCCUUCAAGGUCGGUUGGUUUUUUGAGUCCACUCUAUGUUUAUGGAGAGGAAAAUUCAUUAUAAUCUGACAUUAUUUGGCUAUGGCCAUGGAAUGGAUUUAUAGCCCACGUCAUGUGCAGCUGGGUGAGGGGAGACGAACAUGCCCCCAUUUGGUCUCCAAUCCUGGAGAGGAUUUCAUGGUUCAGUUGGCAGAGAGGAACCCAGCAACCCUUUAUUCAGGAGGCAGUGCUCUUCCCAGGAAGGGGGAUCUCGGACCCAGUGAUGGUAGAAGGCAUUCUUUGGCUGAACCCACGAGGGUUCGAGUUAGGAGCAGGCAUUCAACUUAAGACCUGAGAAAACACCAGCGUUCUCCCACAUCACCAUAUGUGUGAGUCUGAACGUCCCUGGAGGUGGCAUACGCUCAUGUCUUAGAAGAAGAAAAAGUUAUUUGCUCUAGAAAAGGGUCACGAUUAGAUGGAUAUGGGAUUUGUCCUUUGAGCUAGGAAUGGCAUUGAUGGCAAAUAUGUGUCCCGUAGUAGAUGUAGCAGCUGUCACUGGGUGAUGGCCUGAGAGUGACUGUCAGUCCAGGCCCGUCUGAAGGCUGUGACUGUCCUCCGGGACCCAGGGAAGGCAAGAAGCUUUAGCCCAGAUGUCGCUGCAUGGAAGGCCUUGUUCAAGCCACUUAGUGAUGUAUUUUCUCACCUGGAAAGUAGAUGUAAUAGUAACUGGAGAAAACUUGUGUUUCAUUUGUAUAUUGUGAAACUAAAUGGCAUGCUUAUUAUUGUUUUACCAUGGUGCUUUGGGCUAAGGCGCUGGACAAAUCUGAACUGUUACCAGACAAAUAUUCUAAGUCAGAUAGAGACCCUUUUUGGCUUGUUUUAAAUCACAUUAUUCCAGCUUUCGUGAUACCUCAGCCUUCUCUGUUGUUUUGUUUCUAGAGAAAACAGUUUUGACUUACAUAUAUAUAUACUACCUUUUUCCUAAAAGGAUCUAAGGGGCCUUAUACAAACAAUAUAGUUAAGCAAGAUAAAAUAAUCUAAAUUCACAUGGAAAAAAAAAUGAGAUUAAGAGAGUAGAGAUGACCAAGGUUCAUGUUUCGGGGAGGGUGUAAGAAGGGGAGUCCUGAGCUGGGGGACUCGGCUUCUCCCUGAAAGGAGUGGUGGGCAAAUGGACAGAAUCAACAGACUUCCCUCGAGCACCCGUCAAAUGGCAGGCACCGUGCUCUGUGCUGGGAUAAAGCUGAAGUCAGCCCCACGCCGGCGGUCCCUCAACUGUCCAGAGCCCUCAGGACCGUAGGAGGGGGCAUGGGGUGGCAGGUCAGCCUUCUGUAUCUUCAUUACGUAGUUAGAAACAGUUCCUAGAAUUUCAGUCGCAUCUGUGCCUGGUGUACCCUGCAUUUCGGAUGUGUCACACUUGGCCUCUCCCUCACUGUACAGGAACCUGGAUGUGGCUCUGGAAUCAGGAUCACUGAGGUUUGCAGAUGAUGGUUUGAUUGGAUUUUGAAAUGAUUAUUUUCUCAGUGUCAUUUCAUUUACUGCUCUUUAUGUGACCCCGGCCUUGGUGAUGGAAAUCAACUUUGUGUUCUCAAUUACUACGACUGUAUAAUUUCAUAAGAUUUAGUAUCUCCUGUGAAGAGUCCUACUUCUGCUAGGACAUUGGGCAGCUGCCGCAUCUCCGAGCAGUCCGUGGAAUACCAAGUGACAGGCGCUGGUCCGUUGAAAGUGCCUCCCUGAGACUUACGUGUACACUGUCGUUAUCUAUCACCCUGCACUCCUCCACGUGCGUAGCUCAGAACUGACUCUGAAUUAAACAGGCAGUGCUUGGGUUUGGAUGUCCUCUCCCACUCAGGGUGCCUCCCAUUCAUGAGGAGCCCCAGGUGUAUUGUGACAACAAGAUCAUUACUACAAGCAUGGUUGUGGGUGGAUGUGUAGGUUUUGGGAAAUGAUUACUUGGAAAAUUAAAUUCUUAUACCUGGCAGUCUUACCUCUUAAAAGUGGAGAAACAGUGGCCAGGUAGACUUUGCUGUGAAUUACAAGGGCAUUUCUUCUGCUGAAAGGCAUUUCAGGCCGGGUGUGGUGGCUCACACCUAUAAUCCCAACAUUUUGGGAGGCUGAGGCGAGAGGAUCAGUUGAGGCCAGGAGUUAGAGAUCAGCCUGGGCAACAAGGAGACCCUGACUCUAACAAAAAAAAAAAAAAAAAAAAAAAGCCAGGCAUAGUGUCAUGCACCUAUAGUCCCAGCUACUCAGAAGGCUGAGGUGGGAGGAUGGCUUGAGCCCAGGAGGUCAAGGCUGCAGUGAGCCAUGAUUGUGCUACUGCAGUCCAGCCUGCGUGAUAGAGCAAGACCCAAUCUUUAAAAAAAAAAAAAAAAAAUCAAUUUCAGUAAUUCACUGGGACUAUUUUCUCUGCACUCCUUUGUGGAGGAUGUUUCCCUGAGCCCACGGUAGGCACUUUAUCGGCAGGGCCCCGUGCUUCAGCCACCCUGGUGCACACAUAGCAGCAGGCUGGUGCCCAUAAUGGGGGUGGGCCCAGGGGCAUCCCAGUGGGGCUUGCCAGUCUGCAGUGGUGAUGACACUUCUGAAGGAAUGGGAUAAUUUAAUCUAACUUGGUGUUCAGUGCUGUCUGUUCAGCUAAAAUAAAUGUGCCCGAUGAACAAAGACUCAUGGUUGAUGAUGAGGCACAAGGAUUCAGCAGAAGGGACAGCCAACCCUGGGGUUACUGGAAUGUCGGGCCCCAAUGUCACUGCAUAGCGAUGUAUCCCAGGAGUCAGCGGCAUAUAGGAUAAGCACCUGCUAUUCACAGUCACUUGUGAACAUCUGCCUGACUUGGCUUCAAGCUUUGAUUCGGUCCAGGUCUGCUGAAUUUUACCUUCUUUGGACCAGCAGCUUCCAGAGCCAUGUCUUCAUGGUGAAAGGCAAGUCCCUAGGGAUGCAAGCCCAUCUGUACCCAACUGAAACCCAUGUUACCCUUCACCUGUAUCUUGUUUGUGGGUAUUGCAUCGGCCAAGGCAAAUCGUGGGGCUGAGCCCAGGGUCAAGGGUGGGGACGUGCACUCUGCAGAAGUGGAGGGUGGGGAUGAGUGUUUGCUGGGCAGUAGUACACCUGAGGCUCCGUGAGAAUGUCUACUUUGAGCAGUCAAGAGAAGACAGAUUUUAGACUUGUAGGUUUCCUCAUUCCAAAGUUGGUGUGCUUGUACUUGAUUUUGAAGUGAUCUUUCUUCCAGGGUGAUGGGGGAGCAUGAAAGUAAGAGGAUCUUGGGAACUGCUGUGCCCAUUAAUUUUAUGGCAAAUCCACGUAUCACCUGGAAAACCAUCCAUGGGAUAUUGAGUAGUGGACCAAGAGCUGUGGUCCGGAUUCCAUGCAUACGUUUUGGGAAGAGGCUGACAUGAAGUGUGCUAUUAGCUUGUCGAGAGCCCUGCUGACUUCUGAAUGUGGCUUAGCUCCAGCCACAUCCUUUGUUCUUCCAAGGCUAACUGCUGCAAAGGGAUUGCAGUGGCCAGUGGAGGGCUAGUGAAGAUUCAAGCACACUGACAAUUAGGCUAAAUCGGCAGUGGCAGGUUCUUGCAUGGAAGUUGCAUCACCUGCUGGAGUGACUGUCCCUUGACCUCCUCCUGUCUACUGGGUCUUCCUCCACCUCACUUUAAUGCUGCUAUGCUGCUAAUGUGAACUCUGAGGCUUUAACUGGGGAAGUCACCACCGCCCCCUCCAUCACCCUUGUCCUACAGGUCAGGGCUGGAAUGAGGAGCACUUGCAGUUGCCUAGUGGGUGGGAUUUCAAGGAAACGGGAUACCUUUCUUCCCCACCCCUUCACCUUUUCCCAGAAAUGGUCUCAUCACUGUUUCCUUUUCGAAUUCUGUCAUUGGAAUUUCCUGCUUUUGCAGCUCUUGCCAGCUUGCGUUUCUUUUGAAAUUCAGUACGCUUGGGAGCAGUGACGCGAAACUAUCGCAGACGCUGACCUCGCUGACAGAGCCAGGCCGGGCAAGAAGAGGUCCGGGAGGAUCUAUCAGGAGUGUGGGGGCUGGUGGGGCCUGCCCUGUAGCGAGGCUUAGGAUAUGGGCCCCUGGGGGGUGAGGGAGGACAAGGGAUGAGAGUUGGGAGGUAAUUGGGGGGCGGUAAGAGGUGGAGGGUGAGGGAUGAGAGGGCCCCAAAAACACACCCCCUGGGCCACGGUUUCUCUUAGGCUGUGCUGCCCCAGGGUGGGAGUAGAGGAGAUUCUGGACUGCAGAAUGCCAGCCAGGCUCCCCUCCUAUUUUUUUCUAUCCCAGAGACAACAGAGUUCUUUUUUCUGCGUGUUUUUUGGGGGCUCCUCUUUUCUUGCUGCAAUGCUGUCAGAAUCAUAAAGAGCUGACAUCUAUAAUUAAUGUCAGUGGCCUGCACUAGUGAAUGCCCGUGGCACACAGAACACCUGGCUGUGGAGAAGCAGCAGCAGGACCUAGCAUGUUGGCACUGGAAGGAAACGCAGAGGCCUUUCCCCUCAUUUUACAUGCAAGGAAACUGAAGCCCAGAGAGGGGGCCCCACAGCCAGCCAGUGGCAGUGGGCUCUGAGGGGCUCUGGACAGCAGCAUCCCACCUGAGUACACUCUUGGCUAGGCAGGGUGAUGGGGCCCCAGUCUGGUGGACGCUCAGCAAUAGGAAGGGGAGCGGUGGGGAAUCCCUUCUCGUUCCCGGGUGCUGGUCUACCAGACUGGGGCUCCACUGGGGCCAUGGUCCAAUACCAGUCCUAGCAGUCAUCGAAAUAUGGGGUUUCAGGCUCCCGAUCCUUAAAAACCCUGUGUAAGGAGUCUCCAAGCUAAAAACAAUCUACACUGAUAGAUCUGCUCAUCAAAAGAUUAUUUUGAGACCAUUUGGGUAAUGUAAACAACCUUUCUGCUUUGUAGCACCCAGCAGUGAGUAUCAGGAGACGUUGGAAAUGGGGCUCACCCGAUGAGGGCUGUGAGCAUGAGCCUCGAGGGCGCUGCAGGGUUCAUCUCAUUUCUCUCUUCAUUUAUUGAGCACCUGCUGGAUAACAGUGGUCGGCUGUUUUAUGUCCGUUGCACAUUAUUGCAUACCGUGUCUAAUAAGCCUGCAGAAGUGGGUGCAUUAUCCUCACUGCAAAUGUGGAAACUAAAGCUUGGUACUAGGAACUUGCAUCAGGUUCCCUAGGUGGCAGUGGUGAUGCAGAACACACACAGAUCUGCAGACCUUAAAGCCUCACGCUCCUGACAACUGAGCCAUGCUGUCCCCAGAGCCGACCUUGUAUGCCAUGACAGGGCCAGAGAGAGAGGACUGGUUACUUACUGCACACCCUGAGAGACAGGAAUGGGCACAGUUGUCACCUAUGCCAUAGGAAAUGGAGUGCCACCUGCACAGUGCAGUGAGUCACGGUUCUCCCUGUCCCUCCUGCGACCCCAGCUUCUGCCCUGGGCUGCUGGAGGGCACACUUAGGGGCACAAACAUGCCUGACAACAGGUUGUGGGUUUUGUUGGGGUGGAGCACCCUCAGACCCCUCUUGCCUCUUCCUUCCCCGGGCCCCCUCCAUUCUCCAUCAGGAAUUCUACUCUUGGGACUUGGAAAGUGAGGAGAGGGAAGGACUAGCUCUGCCGAUGUGACAGUCUCAGAGCAGGAUGUGACAGUCUCAGAGCAGGAUGUCCCUCUAGUGUCCUGCAUCCAGCACAUGCACAGCACGUGUACUGGAGGCAGCUCUUCUGGUUCUGACUCUGUGGGUGCCUUUCACCUGCUGGUCCUCAGCAGAGCAUGCAAAGGGAUGAGGGAGGGUGAUUCACUGUGGGAGAGUUAAGGAUGGGAGCCUCCGGGAUCGAGCUCCAGGUCUGCUGUUUGGUAAAGUGCUUUACUUAAUUCGAGUAUAAGUGUUUAGAGUGAGCAGCUGCUGAAUUCCCCACAGUUCUUAGAUUCAGGGUAGAGGAAAUCAGAAGAGUCCGUAUCUGAUUUCCAUGAUGGUGGAGUGGGUGCAGGCCCAGAGAGCAAGAGCAAGCCUGCACAGAGGUUCUGUGCCAAUGGACACACUGACUGUCGGGGGCACGCUGACCAUGGGAGGGUGUUGGGGAGCACACAGACCCCCGGCGGGCUAGAGCUGACGGUUCCCACUGAGAGGGAGGCAGAAUGUAGAGAUGGCCAUGUGGCAGGAGCUGAAAGGCCUGCCUGGCUCUGUGGUUUGUAGAGCAGAAGCCCAAUGGCCGAGCGCUGGGCCAGGCUUUCGGGAUGCUCCAGGGCUCAGGUUCAAGAUGCUACAUCUCUGCUUGGUGUCAGAGGGGAUGCUGGUGGGAUAUGAGUGGGGGCUGCAUGGCGGAGCCUGUCUCUAGUUGCAUUCUGGCUCAGGGAAGAUGGGCUUGCUUCCUCCCUAAGGAGCAGUUUCUGACUGAUGAUGGAUAGCAGCUAUUUUUCUUUUUAUCUUGUUGCCAUGAGUGUUUAUUGGGGUUAAACCUGCAUCUUUCCUUUACACAUUAAUGUAGGGAGAUAUUGGCUUUGAGAAAUGAGUGUAGAUUAGAUUGAUUAUUUAGUCUAACAUGUUGAUAAUUGGUGCAAGUUGUCUGCAUUUUCUUAACCAAAAGAAUCUACCCCAGGGAAAAAGUGGACUCUGGUUUUGCUGAGAUACCAAAACAUGGGUGUGAAGUAAAUGGGAGCGCUCUAGGAAUCUUCUGGUCCUGCUCCACCACUGCCAGGUCAUGAGCACUGCAGGAAGGCCCGAGGGUCACCGAGAUGCCGGCCUGCCCUGCGGUGGGAGGACAGGGGAGGGGUGGUACUGCCCUGUGCCUCAGCUGACUGCAGGGCCUGGGAACACUGGCCAGGAGAAUGGUGCGCGGAGCCAAUGCACGCACUCCACCUCUCGCCUCCGUGGUGGGAGACGUCCGGGCACCCUCGUUUGCGUGGAGCACUUCACUUAAAGUGGGUCUGGCUGGUCAUUUUCUUGCACUUACCAGCUUUAUGGCUUUGUUUCAUAGUUUAGUCCUCAGAACGGCCAAAGGAGAAAGCUGCAGAAGAGCUCACCAGGAGGUGGACCAUGUCUGUGUCCUCCAGGGCUGGCAGGCAGGAGGAGGUGGAGGGGUAAUGGUCCUCCUUUGAGGAGAGGAGCUAUGGAUGGGGAGUCUGGUGGCCCCUGUAGACUCAGGUGACAGUGAGGAGGAGAAACUCAGUGUACCAAUGGUGGCAUUGGGGCUGGCUUGUUACUCUCCCUGGGUCCUACUCCCUCACGUGGAGGAAGGGGUGACUGCUUGGCAUGGGUUGGCAAGGACUGUGUGAACUGUGUAUGCAGACAGAAGGUAAGUCCAGGCUUGGCCAGGGCCAGAGUCAUGGGCAGCAGCGGUGAUGAUGGCAGAUGAUCAAUCCUGAAAGAUAAUAAAAAUGCCCAGGGUACAGCCCAGAAAUGCCUGUGGUAGUCCCAGAGGUGCCUGGAGCAUACCUCUGUUUGCUCCCUCCAGGCCCCAGCCUGGCAGUCUCCCGCUCUGGGUGCUUGGGCCAUGGCCACAGCCUUCCCCCUACUGAAGGCCUCUGUUCCCACUCCCUGCUUGUGGGCCUGCUGGACACCUGCUCCCCUGCUCCUUCCUUGCCACCCCAUUGCCAGCCUCUGCCAGGCCUCACCUCACUGCGUUGAAAUUGAGUGUUUUGGUGGCCAGCAUUGAGCUCACAGAGGGAGUGGAGCUUUGCUCCCCUGUGGAGGAGCACUCAGAAAUGCUGGUGACCACAGAGACCCCUGGUGUUGUCCACAAAGGUCUCCAGAAGAGAGUAGGGGAGGGGUGGGCUACCCAGGGCCGAGGUAAGACCCUGGUGAGCAGGAUGGGGGCACACUUCAGCCCCUUCCUAAAAGCUGGGGCUGAGGGAGAGCGCUGCAGGGAGCUGUACUGUACUGUGAUUCAGUGCACGUGGGGACCUGGAAGCAGGGGACAGUAGCCCCCUUUUGUGGUCAGAAAAUUUGAGAAUUGGGGAUGCUGAAUCGCUGGCCUGAGCCACAGAGGUGCUACAUGCUGCAUUUGGGAUUUGAACUUGGCUCUCUGCCUGGCUCCUUGUGUUUGUUCCCUCUGCUCCCUGGGAGGAUUUGCCAGUCUUGCUGCUAAGCCACCGGGGAUGCUGGGGAGUGAGUAUUCUAUAUGCAUCAGCUGGCGAAGCGCUUAUCAAAUGACCCCCAGAUUCCAUCUCACUUGGGGAGGCCGUGUUUCCGGCUCCCUCCUGUCCCCACAUCUCUGCCCGUGGGUUUUUUUCCAGGAGAGCUUGCCCUGGGUAGGAAAGCCGAGGGGAGGGUGGCAUUGGGCUGCCUUCUCACUUGCUGUCACCUCCCUUGUCCUGCCCCCUGGGCCUUCCCAGAUCCACUGUAAUGAAGGACCUUGAAAGAACACAUCCCUCAGGUACUCAGCCCAGGGUCUUACAGAGGGGCGGUCCCAGGGGAAGGGGGUUGGGGCCUGCAGUUUUCUCAAGUGUGGUGUGCCCCUCAGGAAUUUCUUUUUGGUGAUCUUGUCAUUUUGGUGGGUGUUCGUUUCCUUGAGCAUCUUCACUGUAUUAGUAGCCGUGAGUAUUACUGAAAGGCAUUUUUAUUCUUAAAGCAUUCAGGGACUGAUAGCAACCAAAAUUAUAAGACAAGCUGCAGGAGAUGAAAUCAAUGGAAUUUGGCAAUUGUGGGGCAGGACCUUAUUCCCAAAGGUGGCUGGUCUAGGGCGUGUGGACUGGGAGGCGGGCAUGCGGAAGGGGACACACCCCUCCCAUCACUCUCCUCUCGUCCAGCCUUGGAAGCCGCUGGAGUCACAUCUGCUGCAGGAAACCCUGUGUUUGAAUGAUGUGUGGAGCAGUCACUGGGUGGUUUUGGCUGGACGAAGGGCAUAGAGUGGCAUCUAGAAGUGCAUGGGAGACCACUGCCAAUGUCAUGGGUUAGACCAUGUUUUUGAGGCUUUAGUGAUUUUUUUGAGACCCUUCCCAGUCUAGGCCAGGCAGAUCAUCUUCUGUGCACACCUCUGCAGGUGAAGUCCCCGCAUGGCUAAGCACAUGUGUGUGGAGUGUGUGUGCUUAAGGAUGUGUGGCCUCGUGUCAGAUGACGUGUGUGGGGUGUGUGUGUUUAAGGAUGUGUGGCCUCAUGUCGGUUGAUGCUCUUGAACGUGCUGGCUUUAAAAAAUCCACACGGGGCUCGUCUGCUUCCCUGAUGACAGAGUUUGGGGAACUAAUGAAAGACAUUCUGGCCUUGUGCCAUCAGAAGUGAAGUCAAUGUGGGGAACAGCUGCCUCUGGGAAGACGUUGUCUGUGCGCUGUGCCGCGGGGCCUCUGCUCCAUGGCCGGCCACGCAGCCCUGUCCUGGAAGAGGCCCAGGCAGCCGUCACCCCUUCGCCCAGUGUGGAAAGAGCCCAGGGUCUGGAGUAGGGGUGACAGUGAGGCUUUCUAUGGAAGCUGCUUUAAAGAAAGAACAAGUUGAGCCUGGCACUGGCCUUCUGGUUUUGGAGACUGAGUUGCCCUGCCCUGUGCUUGCAGAUCCACCCAGUGUGAAGGGCAGGACAGCUUCCCCUUUCCACACCUCCCCAUAACCUCCUGGGAAGCUGCUGAAAUACAGGUGUUCACGGCGGGGUUAAGCCAGCUUGUGAGUCAUUAGCAUGCCUUUCCACAGCCAACGCACAAAACGUUUGUCUUAUUUAGACUUGAGGCACAAACCGCUGAUUCUCCAGUGCAGUGUGCCCGCUGUGCCGUGUGUUUUUGUUAGUGUGUCUGGACGUGGUAUUCAUAUAUUAACAGUGCAUGCUGGGGCACUUGGACUGCAGGGCAAUCGCUUGCCUGGCGGUGGGAGCCCAGAGGCUGAGGUGGUGCGUCAUGUUCUGGCCACGGUCAAGCCCCGGAGUGUGUCUGUGCUCUGUGGGGAGCCUGACCUGUCAUCUGUGUCAGUCCUCUCUGAGUGUCCUGUGGGGAAAAGUUCACUUGGGGCUCAUGAAAGCUUGCUUUUGCAUCUGUCCCUGAGCCUGGUCCAGUGUGAGCAAGCUGAUGCCUUGUGGAACCUGGAUCCAGACCCGGCAGGGUGUGAGUCUGUGCGUUAGACAGCAUCCUCCUUCCAGUCCUGGCCUGUUGGCUUCACUGCCUCUGCGUGGCUCCAAGCCUGACCACUCCCUUCCUCCCAUGCCCCCAGCGUGCCUCCUUCUGCUGCAUUCAGAUUUUUGUCCACUCACCCGGUUUUCCUCUUUUCUGCCCUGGGUUCUGAGGGUCCAUGGCCUGCAGGACAGUUUGCCUAGGAUAAGCCAUGACACAUCAGAGGCUGGUGGAAGCCUGAUCUGCUGCUUAGAAUCAAUGGUGUUUCUGACAUGGAGAGGUGGACAUUCAGGUGCCUAUCAUUACAUGGCAGUAGGAAGGUGCUUGGACCCUGCAGGCCUGGUGCUUUGUACCUGUGGAUUUUCCAAGUCACUUUAUUCAAGGAUUUCAUUUCACUUUCAGUUCUUAAAGUAAGGGCCUGGCAAAGGGAUAGGCAGCAUUCUGUUUCUCUGAGGGAGGUAAUGCUCUGCCAUCAGCAGAUUUCCUUAUGAUGAUGGAAAAGUGUGUUUGACCCUCCUGUAAGAAGAAUGAAGGUGUGCUGCCCACUCAGUGGUCCCUCCAGGGGGCCCUUGGUUGCAAUUCGAAGGCAAGCAGAAACCUGGAGGCCCAGAGGGGCAAAGGGCAUGGGGCUCAGGUCCUGUGGUCACUCAGCACAUGCUCUCUCAGCUGCACCACAGUCCCGCACAAGGCCAUCUAUGCUUAUCACCUGGGUGCAGAAGACCAAGUCACUAAAACCCCAGAGCCAGGGUUUUGCUCCAGGUGGGCCUGGACUUUCAGCUAAGGCCCCUUCUGGAUUGGCACAUGGUGAGGGGGAGCUUCCACACCCAUGAUUCUAAAUCCCAGGAGCUCUGAAGCAGGAAUCUUUUCCCCCUGUUUGGCAUAGCUCAUCUGCUAGCAAAACCUGCUUUGAGCUACCAGGAUCCCCAGUACCUUUGGGAGUGUUGGGUUUCCCUACAGAGAUGUGGUGCAGAGUGGACGCUGCCCCAUACCUCCCGGGAGGAGUGACAUCUCACAGGGCCAGUAGCCAUUCUACCUUUCCCAGAUCCAAACUUCUCCAACUCUAAAUUCAUUGACCGGUCUGUCCCCAGAGAAAGCAGUCAAUGCUGUGAGUCUGCAUCUGAAAAGACAGUGAGCAUUUGUGGACCCUGCCCAGGUGGUUCCUGCCACAGACUGGCAGCACUGAAAUGGGACGUGCAACUGUCCCUGUGCUCAGCUCUGCACUACUCUUCCCUCUCAGCAACUUCCUGAUUUGCAUCCAUGCUUGCUCUCCAUGUUUCUGUGAUCUCAUCUGUGACACACAGAUGACAGCCAUGGUAUUGGCCUCAUGGGGGGUUGUCCAGAGAUAAAAAAGACCCAGUGAUUAUAUGCCACAGAAUUUUGCAUCCAAAAUUUGCAUUUUAAAUUUUUCCAAGGGACUUUUUUCUGCUCGGGUCUAGCGAAUGGCCCCUUGGUCUCUCCUGUGUAGUGUUUUGUGGUCACAAUAACCCUGGAUUCCUGAUGCCCUGGUGGAGAGGCGAUACCAGUGUCUGCAGACCAUAAGAAAGUACAUCUUGACUCUGAACCACAGCUAUAAAUAAAUUGACAUGUUUAUCUGUGGGCUUACAGUGACAUAUAAAAUCUUUUCUUGAGGUGCUUAGGUAUCUCUAGGCUGCCUGAGAUACCUAAGAGAGAUACCUCUCUUCUGAGAGCACCAGGUUGGGACACUACGCUCAGGUGACUUCCAUGCACCCUGCAGAGCCACCCUCCCCCUUGACCCUGUUCGUGCUGGAGACUGCAUCGUCUGCACUAUAUACCCAGGCACAGGUGGUUGGAUUUGUCCAAUGGGAGGCGGGAGGGGAACUGUGAGAUCAGGGUGUUCCCCUUCUGGGCCCUCCCUCGGAUCCUAUCAGAGGCCUCAGAUCUCAUCAGAGGCCCUCUGCACAGAGCUCUUCUCUGUGGCCUCUGCAGAGCUUUUCGGCCCUUCCCUUUCAGGCCUCAGAUAUUAAAGCUUCGCACUGUUGCCAGUUUUAGGGCGCUGGACUCUCCUGUGUGCAGUUUCCUAAACCCCACUCAUAGUCCUAUAGUUUUUCUUUUGCUAACUCCCCUUAGUGACCCAAUUAAGUGUGCCACCUCUCUACAUCCAGGACCUGCCUGUUCAAAUAAGCAAGCCAGAGAAAGGUUCAAGUUCUUAUUUGAAAGGCGGAGUGAGCUCUGGCAUGGGCCAUCCCAUGGCCUUUUGGCUGACUGCCACCAGCAGGUUGAGCUGUCCCAUUGUCACAUCACUAGCCUUAAUAUAGUCUCAUGCCCUGAAGUUGUCUUGUUUGCCCAAAAGACAAGGCUGUCAGGAAAAUGCUGUGAACCUGAUUUCCAAGAAGAACUCAAACUUAGAUGCGUUGUGUUUGCAGCCAUUCAGAAUAGGUGCAAGGAUCCAAAUCCCUGGGCCUCAAGAACAAAGAAAGUUAAAAACCGAGAAGACUGUCAUUAACUGUAAUUGCUUUUGCAUAACUCCUUUCAGAGUUAUUGCAGGCAUGGAGUCCGGGGAGUUGCCCAUAGUUCUUAAUGUAUUAGGGAACAGGAACACUCAGAGGUAUUCUCAUCUAAAGACCAGUUCACAAAGGAGGGAUUUGAAUGUGAAUAUGCCAGCUUUAAAACCCGAUAAAGCCAGAAAGUAUGAGAGCCCACAGAGAUGUCAUUAAGGAAAUUAUUUCCUCCCAAAAUAGAGGCACCCCAGGUGACCUCUCAAAACAGAAUUUUUGUCAUGUCGGUCUGGAGUCACCUCCAUUUCCUUUCUGUUGAGAAUUAUUCUGUUUCCUGACAGCACACUGGGAUUUUUGCAAGGCAAGGCAUUGUCACCCAAGGAGACUGACUUCUUUUCACUCAAUUACGUUUUUUUCUCUUUGCCGGGAGCCUGGGAGAUUGCUGGACCUGACCCCUGUCUUAGGAACAUGGGUAAAAGUUGUCAUGAUGGAGGACACAUGGCUGGGACAGCAGAUGGCUAGAAAGCUACUACAGGAGGACUCAAAUCACUUUCUUAUUUAGUAGCUUCUGGAAAUCUUUAUGCCCAUGUGGUAGAAAAACAGAUGGGUGUUCCGUAAAGAAAGCGGCACCAGUGUCUGCAGAGCAUAAGAGAUUGCAUCUUGACUCCAACCCAUAGCUAUGAAUAAAUUGACAAAUUUAUUUGUGGGCUUAUCAAGGACAUAAAAAAUCAUUCUGGCUGGCAAAUGAAAAUGGCAUUGUGUUGCUCACUAACAUUCGUUUGUCAACUGUUCCUGGAAUAGGUGCUAAAUUAUAACUGAGGAGCUGGCGUUAUAAAGCUGAACUGGAUUUUCCAAGCUGUCAUAUGAAAAGAAAAUUAUUAACUAUCUCCUCCUCCAUCCCCCGUCUCUCUCUCUCUCUGCAGAAAAAGCCCCUUUCUCUGCUGUCAUAUGACUUGGACUGCACGCUCUAUGUGCACACGGUGUAAUGAAUGCCACAUUAUCACCCACUGGCUGGGGUGAGCCUUCUUGUUAUUUAUUUCCAACUGGAACAGGAUUUCACAUCCCAUGCUCCCACACAAAGGCAUCUUAGAAACAACCAUUUCAGACAGUUCCUUGCAUCAGAGUUUUAGGGUACUCUUCUGCACACAAACUGUUGUUGGAACAUGAGCUUGGAUUUCUUGAUGCUGCAUGUCACGGAUUGGCAGGAAAUGGUCUGGGUGGUGCUGCUCUUAUACGCACUCUUGGUCAGACAUUGUGUGUGGUGGAAAUCUGUGUAAGGAUCUUAGCAAUUAUGGGGACCACGGUGUAGCGCUGGGAUGUCUUACUUUUCACUUAGAUGUCUCUGCUUUUGGUUUUGAGACAUCACGUGGAAAGCUAUGUUGGUUUUCAUCCUGUUCCACGGCUCUCUGGUGUUGGCAGGCUGCACUUCAUAGCAUAGAAGAUGAAACAUGAUAUGACUUCAGGAAUGCAUGCUGAGGGAAGAUGUGUUGUCAUGAAAAUACACUUUUUUUUUAAGCUGGAAACUGGGUGACAGUGAAAUCUUAAAAACUGGGGAAAUCGGGAAAUCAGCUAACUUUCUCAGAUCUUGGUUUCCUCAUAUUGUGUAUCGCAUUGCGGGUUUGAACCAGAGGAUUGCUGAGGUUCCUUCCAGCUCUGCUUCUAGUUCUUAAAUCCAAAGCCUAUGGGGCUCUUGGAGUAGCUCAAGGCUUCUAAUGUUUAAGUUGCAAACAGACCACUGGGGGGACCUUGUUAAAAUGCAGAUUCCGAUUCUAUAGGUACAGGGAGAUGCCUGGAAUUCAGGAUUAACCAAGGAAUCUCUCUCGUGAUGCCAAUGCUGCUGGUCCAUGGACCACACUUUGAUUACCACAGAUAUAGAUGACCAAAGUUGCAUGGUCCUGGAUGAGCCAGAUCCCUUCUUUAUCCGGGUGGCUUAGGUCUGGGUGGCUCCUUCAUAUCUUCAGACACAUCACAUCAUUCCUUCUCUUUGUCAGUAAAGACAGACAAGGAAAAUGAAGUGAGAACUUCUCUUUCUAGUAAUAUAACACAUUGCUCCCAGGCACGUAAUACAUACUUAUUAGAGUAAAUGAGUGAUAAGAGAAAUUAGUGUAAUCAGGGAUGAAUGUACCAUAAAUACUCAAAGUCCCUCCAACCUGCCACACACGAACACACACAUAUAUGCAUGCACCAGAUUUCAUUACCCGGAAUCCUCAUGUUCGUAUUCUAUAGCGCCCAACUUCUAUUUUCCUCACUGUCUCCUACACAUAUUAUGCCUAGCUAGGCCAUGUCCUCUGACUAUCCUUUGGCCUGCCCAAUGCCUAUCAUUUUCUAGAUCAAUGCAAGUCCUAAGUCUUCUUGAAGCCUCUGGAUUCCUCCAACUCGGACGCCCUCCCUCCCUGUUGUAUCCAUGGUCUUUGGGAGCAAGGAUGCAGACCCAGACCUGACUGCUGCACCUGCCCAGCUGCACUCAAGGGAGGUGCUGCUGUUGCACCCAUACCUUUCCUGGGCUCAGGACUGGGCUUUAGAGCCUUUACAACACAGCACUCUUGAUGGCUUCUAACAACUGCCUGAAACAUCUUUUCCAUCCCUGAUUUAAGGCUUCAAUAUUAUUUUUAUUCUUCAUGUAUAUAUUCUCUUCCUGUUUUGCCAGAUGGUAAAUUCGUUGAGAAUAGCUGCUUUUUACUGUUUUCCUGGGGUGCCCGGCAAUAUGCCAGGUACAUAGUAGGUGCACAUUAAAUGAUGAGCUGACUGCCUGGAGCAGCACUGAGUCAUACAUUCUCAUGUGCUGGGGUAAUGCCUAACACAACAAAUAAUCCCAUAGCUUCCUUGACCCCAAAGGUGUCCAGAACCAGUCACUUAACAGCUGAAAUGGACCCUGAUUUGGGGCACUUGUCUCAUGAACGUGGGGAGAGUGAGAGGGCACCAUCUCACAUGAUUCCUUUGAAAAUGCUGUCAGGAUAUUAUGGAGAAAUGCCAGAAAGCAACAACAGAAGGCUGUUGGGAGAAAAAGAAACAGAGUAAUCUCUUUUUUUUUUUUUUUUUUUGCAUUAUGCUUGAAGGAGGUUGUUUGCUCUUCAGUGUUCUACAUGCAGCUGCCUCUAUUGCUUUUGGUUGGACCAGGCCCAUCUGCCCAAACAGUGAGUGGGGAUUAUGCAUCUCAGUUCCUGCAAUCUCGCCUGGCUGCCGUGCAGGAGUCAGAUGGUAGGGCCAGGAGGACCGGGCUCAGGGCCAGGGGCCUUCGGGCACGUGCUGCGGAGGAGCGCUUGUGAGAUGCACAUGCCAUGUCUGCAGCCGGCGAUGCCCUUGGAAGAAGCUCCUGCUACUGUCCCUGUGAUCUGCUGAGCCCAGGCAGCCCCUCGUGGUGGGGAAAUGUGUGGAGGAAUUUUGGAAGACUGGAUAUUGUUCCAGUGCGGUGUGAGGUCCUCUGGCCUUAAGUCGCUCCUCUUUGCUCCUCUUUGUCUCCCAGGCCAGGCUUAUCCGCAGGUUUCAAAGUGGGGAACCUGAACUUGGUAAGGUCUCCAGUUUCAGGUGACUGUUGUGUCUCAGCUCUGUCAAGGAGCAGCUCCAAACUGAGCCAUAUUUCAUGCCUUCUCAGUCUAAAGAUAAUAUACUUUUUUGUUUGUUUGUUUGAGAUGGAGUCUCGCUCUGUUGCCAGGCUGGAGUGCAGUGGCACAAUCUCGGCUCACCACAAGCUCUGCCUCUCGAGUUCACGCCAUUCUUAUGCCUCAGCCUCUCGAGUAGCUGGGACUACAGGCGCACGCCACCACGCCCAGCUAAUUUUUUGUAUUUUUAGUAGAGAUGGGGUUUCACCGUGUUAGCCAGGAUGGUCUCGAUCUCCUGACCUCGUGAUCUGCCCACCUCAGCCUCCCAAAGUGCUGGGAUUACAGGCGUGAGCUACCGUGCCUGGCCCCAAUAUGUAUUUUUAAAUGUUUCUUUCUAAUUAAAAGCAUCAUUUAUGUUCUCUACAGAAAAUUUGUAAUGUAUAAAUGUAUAAACAUAAUAUUUUUAAAUAGGAAAUAAGAGUUGCCCUUUUCAGAAUCCAGAGAGUCCCCUUGUUAGUGUAUUGGGGUUCCACAAAUGUGUUUGUUUUUCAAACAUGGCUGGGAUCAUAUAAACAUGAAGUUUUGUAUCCUGGUCUUUUCACUUAAUGCUGUGUUUAAUUGGAAUAUUUUCACUACACUAAAAUGUUCUCAAAAUGGGAUAUUUCAUGGCUGUGGAAGAAAUCAUUGCGCAUAUUUCCCAUGAUUUCUGUAACUGUUCACCUAUCCGAUGUUUAGCUUCUUCCAGUUUUUCUCUACUUUAAAUGACAUCAUCUCCUAGUUUCACAUCGCAUUCCCUGAUUUCUAUUUUGGGCAUUUUUCUUUCCUCUUUUGCCAAUUUUCUAUCUAUAGACUCUGCCUAGAAAAGCGUCUUUUUGGGUUGGUGCUGAGGGGAGCACAAACCGGCCUGGUCCACGUAACAGCAAUUUGACAUGUAUUUAUUCAUUUUUUAUUUUUUUGAGAUGGAGUUUCACUCUUGUUGCCCAGACUGGAGUGCAGUGGCAUGAUCUUGGCUCACUGCAACCUCUGCCUCCCAGGUUAAAGCGAUUCUCUUGCCUCAGCCUCCCCAGUAGUUGGGAUUACAGGUGUGCGCCAGCAUGCCUGGCUAAUUUUGUAUUUUUAGUAGAGACAGGGUUUCACCAUGUUGGUCAGGCUGGUCUCGAACUCCUGACUUCAGGUGAUCCACCCAUCUCAGCCUCCCAAAGUUCUGGGAUUACAGGUGUGAGGCACCACGCCCCAAUUUGACAUUUAAAUGGCAUCUGUCAGCUGCAGUUCAGGGAGGGUCCCUGCACAAGCAGGAAGGACUGUCUCGCCAUGACACUGCAGAGGACACACUAGAAGGAAUGGGACGCAGGGACAGAGCUCCGCAGGCAGUGCCCUGGGCCUCGGAUGGUGCCGUGUGGGGCCCUGCAGACAGACUCAACUGCCUUAGGGCACCCGUAGGAGGGAGGACACAGGGAUAGUGGGGGGAAAGCCCACAGGGAUGGUGGAGGGAAAGCCUUCUGCUAAAAAUACCCAGCACUGCACUGCGAAGGGGUUUGGAUUACAACUUGCAGGACACAGAAGUGUCCAUUUGUGUGUCAUCAGAGGCCAGAAAAAUCUGGGAAAGGGGCUGCAGCCCUGUUCUCUUGUCUGGACUGAUCUGGACAUUGAGUCCCUGAUGUCCCAGGCUACCCCAGUGGUGACCGGGCUGCCUGCCCUACCCUGCCCCCUUCUCUCUCCACUGCCAGUGGUGGGUCAGCCCCCAUGUCAGGCAGUCAUCCUCUGUCCCCUGCAUGCACUGACCACUAGAAAACAAAGGGUGUGAAGCCCACGCCAACCUGGGAAGCCUCUUCCUGAAAGUAAGUCAAGUUUCCAAGACUCCUUCAUUUGUCUUUGGGCAGGGCCCUCUCAAAGUGGGGAUGAGUUACAUCGGAAAGUGAGUGUCCUGUCCUAGCAAUGUCCAUGUUGGCUGUCAGCCUUCCCUGAAUCACCUGCUCAAAGCCAUGUGAACAGGGUGCACCCUCUCCCAGCUGUAGGUGAACGCUGGGGCUUUGUUACAGAUCAGGAGUCGGGAAUGCUGGGAGCCACAGCCCAGGUGUCUUGCUCCUCUACCUCACAUUUCCCUCCUGUGAAACAGCCUGAGGCUUGUUGCCGAGUAGCCCUGACUCUUUACCAACGGCCGGCGCCCUCCUCUGUGUUCUCCAAGAGCUUCCCUGGGUGGGGGUCUAGCAUCCAGGGGGCAGUGCUUGGUCGAGCAGCUGGUUGUGUCACAUCCCUUCUUGGAAUGGUCUUUUCUCUGCCUGGAAAGUGACCUGGAUUCUUCCUUCUGACAUGUAAGAUGGAGCUCUGUUGUGGUUUAUGAUUGCUCCUUGGGCCCCUCCAUGUAAUCAGUUUACUCUGCCCGGAAGUCUUUCUUCCACUGUUUCAAAGGAGGAAUUUGUGUGUCACAUACAGCUCCUUGGUGGGGGAUUUUGCUGGAGACAUGGGGAGCUGCUCUGAAGACAGUGUCCUGCCUGUAUAAAGAAUUGCUGUGCCGUGUGCGGUGGCUCAUGCCUGUAAUCCCAGCACUUUGUGCAGCCAAGGCUGGUGGAUCGCUUGAGUCCAGGAGCUCGAGACCAGCUUGGUCAACAUGGUGAAACCUCGUCUCUACUAAAAAUACAAAAAUUAGCCGGGCAUGGUGGUGGGUGCCUGUAGUCCCAGCUACUUGGGAGGCUGAGGCGCAAGAAUCACCUGAACCCAGGAGGUGGAGGUUGCAGUGAGCCAAGAUCACACCACUGCACUCCAGCUUGUGUGAUAGAGGGAGACUCAGUCUCAAAAAAAAAAAAAAUUUAAAAAAAAGUAAAAAAAAAAAAAAGAAUUGCUGUGAGAGCCAUCCUUGCAUUCUUCCAUCAUAGGCUUGAGCACCCUGCUGGGUGAUGUGGUGACGGGGCUGGGCUCAGCUGGGAGGAAGACAGACACAGCCCUACAGGGGGAGCUAGGGCCACACCCAAGAACGGGGCAGUCACGACCCGAGUGGGAGGAUGGCUCCAAGUGAGGAGGCACCGACUCAGCCCAGGCUUAGCCAAGUCUCUGCCCCAGAGCUGGGCAUCUUGGGGUGCACAGAGGAGGUGCUGCAUGAGUGAGAAAGACUUAGUGAGGAGAGAAGCAGGGAGGGAAGGAAGUGUGUGGCAGUGGAAACAGCACUUUCCCAGUUGUUCUUUCAGCCGAUGUUCAUUCAGGGCUCAUGGUAGCCAGGGCUUUUCCAAGCUAUUCCAUGGAUUAGCCAUCCCUAUGAAUUCUCAGGAUCCCUGCAGGAAAUGCCACUGUCGUCCAUGUCACAGAUGAGAAAAUUGAGAUGCAGACUUAGAGUAUCUCACCCAGUGGCAUGCAAGUGGUGUGGUACGGAGCACCCACGCCUGCCCUGCAGGUGCCUGCCCCUCUCCACCCCUGUCCAGUGAUGAGCAAGCUCAUGGCAGGCAUGCAGGCACGCUGGGCUGCUUUGCACACACUCCCUCGCUUGGGCCUGCAGUGGCUCCAGGAAGCAGGUACUCUUGUCAUCCCCAAUUUGUAGAUGAGGAAACCACAGGUCAGAGAGGUUAAACAAUUGCCCAAGUCACACAGCUGGUGAGCACCAGCCAGGCUGUAACCCAGGCCGCCUGGCUCUGAAGUCUUCAGUGUCUAAAGAACUCAGGGCGGGAGCCGAGGGGCACGCAGGGCAAGGAGAGGACCCUGGGAGGUGAGGCUGGGAAAGGAAGCAGGGCUGGACCCUAAACAGCUUUGUCCUUCCUGUGAAGAAGGGGGCUUCAUGUUGAGAGAAGGAGGUCUCACUGUGGAGGGCCAGGUGGUGAUCCCAGCCACAUGCUUGUAGCCACCUGCAAGUGCCCAGGCAUGCUGCAGACUCACUGCAGCCCCACAGGACAGGGGCCUGCUGCCUGGUUGGUGUCGGGAGGCCGGCAUUUGGGGACAUGAAGAUCAGGGAGGGGGAGGUUUACCUGGGGAGGUUCACCUGAAUCUCCCAUGGUUGUGAGAUCUUGUGGGCACGUCUGUGGUGGACUCUGGCCGGCUUUACGGAUGGCUGCAAUUGGCACUCCCUGCACGGGCAUCUCUGUGUAGCUUGAAGCUGGACUCUCUCUCACGUGUAAGUGGGAGCUCCUUAGAGGUGGGGCUUGAGGACAGAACCCAGCCUCCUGCCUGUGCCAACACUGCUCCCUCUGUGACUGUGAGAGACAUUGCAGCCCUUCACUAUAGCUUGGCUGGAGACUGACAUCUGUGAAGGAUUGAUGGGAGGCUCUGAAGGUGCUGUAAUGAAGUUUCCUCCCCAGGAUCCCUUCCCUGCCCCAGCCAGGUUGGCCCCCCAGAAGGCUGCUGGGUCCAUUCACUGUUCUCUACGUCUGUGCGCAGCCCCCAACCCUGCCCAUGUCAGCAUUAUCCCCUAGGACCCAGAGCCUCCUCCCAUCUCCUGGCUUCCACUCUAAACAGAAUGACCUAUUAUUAUUAUUAGUAUUAGAGAUGGAGUUUCACUCUUGUUGCCCAGGCUGGAGUACAAUGGUGCUAUCUCGGCUCACUGCAACCCCCGCCUCCCAGAUUCAAGUGAUUCUCCUGCCUCAGCCUCCCGAGUAGCUGGGAUUACAGGUGUGCACCACCACACCCAGUUUUUUUUGUGUGUGUUUGUUUUGUAUUGUUAGUAGGGAUGGGGUUUUACCGUGUUGUUCAGGCUGGUCUCAAACUCCUGAUCUCAAGUGAUCCACCUGUUUCAGCCUCCCAAAAUGCUGGGAUUACAGGUGUGAGCCUCUGUGCCCAGCCUUCAGAAUGACCUUUUAAAGGUCAUCAGGGCAUGAUUCCUGCCCCUCCUUAACAUCCACCUGUGGCUUCUCAGGGACUCAGGGUAAAUGGGCUGGGCCCUGCACCAUCUGUUCUUGCUCCCUUUGCUCCUGUGGGUGGAGGCAGGUGUCAUGGGCAGCAGAGGUUCUGCAGAGUCCCCUGUGAGGUGAGGGGAGUGCAGAGGAUUCGCGUGGCCUGGGACUUGCCAUGGCGUGUGGGAAUAGGCAGUGGUCAGCUAGGGACACUGGCCACACUAGCAGAGCUGCUGCCAAUGGCCCCCAAGGCGUCUCACCUCCUGACAGCACUGCUAUAGCAUUGCCAGAUGUUAUUUUGAGUUUUAAACACAGGAGUGUGGAUUGGGCUGCAGUGUGGAUUAACUAGGCCUGGGGACCUACCCUGAGGAGCUAGUGAUUUACCUAUUUCCUCCUCCAUUCCUGUAGCAUUCUCUUACUGAGCACCUGCUGUAUGCCUGGCCCUGGGUAUUUGGUGGGGCCAACUAGAUUGCAGCUGUUGGUCCAGGUGGGGGGUGACCAGGAUGGGAAGCCCAAUACGGCUCCACAGAGAGUAAGAAAGCUGUGGGGGCAGUGAGCCAGGGAGGACAGCAGAGAGAGCAGGGCCUCUGCAGGGGGGUGAGUUCCCCAAGAAGACCCUGCGAUUCAUUCAGCUGUUUUUCAUUGACACCAUCAUCAUCAUCAUCAUCACUGUUAAUACAAAUGCUGUACGUAACAGAGAAGACUGACUUCUGCUUCCAUCUUCAAUGAGACCCUUUGCUCAGUUGAGAGAAAACCCACCAAAGAGGGGAAGGGAAGGAGGAGAGAUUCUGCCCCCGAGGGGAGCAGCCCACAUAGCCGCCUGUGAGAGGCCUGUGUACCCACCCUGGGCAUACCUCCUCCAGAGCCAGAGGGGUGCCUGGUGUUGGUCAGUGCUCCCCACCAGACCAGUGCCCCUGACCCAAGUCAGUGCCUCCCACCCAGACCAGUGCCCCUGACCCAAGUCAGUGCCUCCCACCCAGACCAGUGCCCCCGACCCAAGUCAGUGCCUCCCACCCAGGCCAGUGCCCCCCACCCAAGUCAAUGCCUCCCACCUAGGCCAGUGUCCCCAACCCAGUCAGUGCCCCCAACCUGGGUCAGUACCCUCUACCCAGGCCAGCCCCAUCCCACCAGGCCAGUGUCCCCCACCCUGGUCAGUGCCUUCCACUGGGCCAAUGCCCCCCAUUCUGCCCAUGCCCCCCAACUGGGUCCGUGCCUCCCACCAGGACAGUGUCCCUUAUCCAGUCAGUGCCUCCCACUCAGUCAUUGCCCCCAACUAGGUCAGCUCUCCCCACUAGGUCAGGGCUCCUCACCAGGACAGUGUCCCCGACCUGGGCCAGUUCGCCCCACCCAGGCCAAUACCCUCCACAUGGGUCAGUGCCCACAACCAUGUCAAUGCUCCCCACCCAGAUGUGUGUUCCCCCCCCCACCACCAGACUAGUGUCCCUCAACCAGGCCAAUGCCCCAGGCAACCUUGGGUUUGCGCCUCAGCUGGUGACAGCUGAGGCUGGUGUGUGGUACAGUGUGGGAACGUACCCUGUGGGAUGUUCUGCACUGGAGGUGGGGAUCUGUCCCACUCAAACUUGCUUCUCAGGGGGAUGCAGAGGUGAAUAGGGCAUUGCGGCAGCAGCCAAGGGCGGGUGGAUGGCCCAGCUGGCAGAAGUAGCUGGGGAUAGAGAAGUCACCAAAUAGAUGCAGAGAAGGGAAGGAGAGGCAUGGAGAGCAGGCAGGAGCAUGAUCUCAGCUAUGUCCCCAAGGAGCAGAGAGAACUCCGUGGCUGGCUAGACAGGCGGGAAGGGAAGCGCGUCUAUGUCUGUCAUCCUUGUCCCUGCAGUUCUGGAGCCUGGUUCAGUUUCUGCUGGGGUAGAAGCGCCUCAGAGCAGAGUGAUGGCUGCCCUAGUUCCCAUGGUCUGUGGGUCAUUGAAGGAGGGUCCCUCACGGCUCAGGGAAAAACCAUUUCUGAGCCCAGGCUGGGUGGGGGAUGAUUUAGGUCACUUUGCUCCAGGUGGUGAUCCCCACCCUGACCUUGACUUUGGCCAACUGUUCUCUGCCAGCCCUGCAGGAGGAUGAGCCCCGGGGUCCUCAGGGAGUCCCAGCUGAAAGGGGUGUCAGUCAAAUGCUCCUCGGAGCACACACGUUCCGUGCUCCCUCUGGCCAGGCCUUCCCUGGCUCCUGUGGGUCCAGGUCCAUUUCCCCACACUGACAUACCCCAUCAGCUCACCCUGUGAAAUAUCCCUGAUCUAACCUUCUUCCACCCCUGGUCUGGUCCCUCUGUGUCUCUCCCCAGGAUGACAGAGCUGCCACCAGAGGGUCCUGUUUCUGCCCUUGCCCUAGCAUCUAUUCUCAAACAGCGACCAGAGUGAUCCUGUUGAAAGGGAAGGCAGAUCAUGCCAGUCCUCAACUCAGAAUUCCCCAGUGCCUCCCAUCACUGUCAGAGAAAAAGCCAGGCCGUAUGACACGGCCCACGCCGGCCUGCACCAACCCCCACCCACUGCCUCCCUGGUGAUGUCUCCCCCCAGUGCCCUCUGGGUCACCUGCUUCAGCCACACCAGCCCUGUCUUCCCCACAAGCCACUGGGCAGGCUCCCCCAGGGCAUUUGCAGACAAGGCCACCUCAGCUCCUCUCCCCAUGGGUGUUGCCUCCAUGCCACCUGCUCACGGGGCCUCCUCUGACCACUCCAGUUAAAACUGCGACCCUGCCUCCCCAAGGACUGCCUGCUGCUUUCUCCAAAGGACCUCUCACUCUUUAGCUUUCUUGGGAUUUUAUUUAUAGAUUUUAUUUUGUUAUUUCAGAUGAAAAUUUGAAGCUUGCAGGGGCAGGGAUAUUUUCCCAUUUGGGUUACUGCUGUGAUCACAUAUUCCAGAAAGUGUUUGGCACAUCAGGGUCCUUGACACAUCCUUGAGUGGCCAUCCUUAAGAUCACCCUAAGGGUGAUCUUAAGUCUGCCAGCCAGCAGGGCCUUUUGAAGCAGGGAGACCUCCCAUGAUGUACCCCCAGACCUUAGCCUUGCACCCCAGGACAGGAGGACUGUGCUCCCAGGGGAGUCACCAAGCAUCAUCAUGGGGUGACAUUUCCUUCCAUUUCCUAAAGUUUCCUUGCAUGAGCUCACAGGAAACCUUGAAUUGUAAGGCCCUUCCUUUACCCUGUACUUGCCGAACCUAAAAGCCAGUUCUGCCCGGAAUGUUCUAAAUAAUCAGGGGGAUAAAGAAAGAGAAUCCUCAAGCAAGGCUUUUCUUUCACUCUCUGCUCAGUUGGCAGCACAGAUGGAGGAUGUGGCCAUGGUGUGGGCUCAUUAUUUAUUGAUUAAAAUGCUUACAAAACCCAGCAUGUACAGCCAGGCUGAACAUUCAAUUAAAAAGCCCAAAAUGAAAAUUCAGAACUCCUGAAUGACAAGUAGGAUGUGCAGAGCCAGCUGUUAGCAAAGGAAUAAGGUGAUAAAGCUUUAAGCAGGGAUUUGUUCUAUUUAUUUAUUUCGCUCUUUCUUCAAGAAUUUGGAAACUGGAAGGCACUGCACAGUUCCCAGUCACUGCGUGGGUGAGUGAAUGAACAAAGCUUACACAGUGUUGGGUGAGCAGCAAGGAUAAGAGAGGUGGACAUUUGAUGACAGCUAGGUGCAUGUGUCCCUGCACACACAGGGAUGGGAAGAAUAAUGGCCCUGAGAUAUGCUCUCGAGAGGGCAUCCUGAAUUUUUUUUUCUUUUUUUUGAGAUAGAGUCUCACUCUGUCACCCAGGCUGGAGUGCAGUGAACCUCCACCUCCAGGGUUCAAGCAGUUCUCCUGUCUUAGCUUCCCGAGUAGUUGGGACUAUAGUCACACGCCACCAUGUCUGGCUAAUUUUUAUAUUUUUAGUAGAGAUGGGGUUUCACCAUGUUGGUCAGGCUGGUCUCCAACUCCUCACCUCAAGUGAUCCACCCACCUCGGUGUCCCAAAGUGCUGGGAUUAUAGGUGUGAGCCACUGCGCCCAUCUGCACCCUGAGUUUUUAUACCAGGUAAGCCCUUGAGUGAGGAAAAGACAUGAAUCCAUGCUCCAGAGAUGACAGGCAUCCUUUUCCAUAGGGGAUGGUUAGGGGUAUGAUUGGCAAAUAUGCACUGGGACUUCAAGUUCUUCCUGGUGGUAAGAAACCACUCCUCCUCCAUCCAUCUUCCUCUUCCUUCUCCAUCCAACCACCUUCCUCUUCCUCCUUCACCACCUUCCAACAUCAGACUGAGCACACUCUUCAGAGCCCACCAGCUGGAGCAGACUUCAUGUGGGUUGGGCUCCACCUCCUUUCUCAGAAGUGAGUGUCAUCACCUAGAGUGUCAUUACCAUAGUCUUUGCCUUCCAAGGCUCCUACUAAAUCAGAACGACUUAAAAAGCAAGCAGAGUGCCCUCUCUGCUGCUUUGGAGGCAGCUGGGCCAUGGUUAGAAGGUGAGGGCCACAGCAUGGCUGCUGGCUACCAGCUGCAGAUGCUGGUGCCGACUAGCCUUGCCUGAGUCUGGCUUCCUCAUCUGCAGAGGGGCAGGGUGUCUCACUUUAAAGUUGGGAGACUUCAAUACAGUUGUGUAUGAAGUGCCCAGUACAGUAAAUUCUCAAUAAAUAAUCAUUGCUAUUUUAAUACUGUGGGAAUAGAAGGCCAGCUCACUAGCUGCAAGCCUUAGAUUAGUCCAAAGACAGCAGAGUCAAGAGGGGGAUUGCCCUGGUUCCUCUGCACAGGCUGAUGUCAGGGGUUUGCUGAUCUCUGUGCACCAGGACUCAGACUUUCUCCCGUGUGGCCACACUUGCUGUGUGUGGUGUGUGUCUGUGUGUGUAUGUGGUGGGGGGCGGGCUGUGUAUCUGUGUGAUGUGUGUAUGUGUGUGUGUAUGUUUUGUGUGUGGUGGGGGGACCUUGUGUCUCUGUCUGUGUAUGAGCUCAUGUAGUCUCCCCUGCAUUCCUCUCCUCUGGGGAUUGCUGGCCCCUUCGCUGUUUGAUGGCAGGUGUCUGAGGAUGGAGAGGGCAGUGCCGCAGAGUGACAGCACAGGGCAUGCCAGGACACCAGGGUGCCCAGAGCCCAUAAACCACAGCCUCUGACAGCCUAGUGUCUAUGCUACCACCAUCCCCAGGGCCUCUGUGGGCUCAGAGCAUUCUCCCCACCUCAGGCCAUGCCGAGACCACUAGGCUCCUUUGCAUAGAAAUUUGAGCUGUAUUUUGUUGUUUUGAGGAGAAAAGUGGUUUCUCAAAGGCCUUUGAUUCACAUGUAUUUGCUAAGCUGGCCUUGCACUUUCCUACCCAUCCUUUUUGGGUGGGUUGCCCACAAGUACCAUCCUUCUUGUCUUCAUUCUGGCCCUGUCUUGCCUCUUUAGCAUGUUUGAGAAUUUUGGACAAAUGGAGAGAAGUCUGUUCUCAAGGGUGUUGGCCUAAGUAGCUUCCCCUGUGCGGGACCGGGGUCCAUUUUCUGCCCUCCUUCCCGCAGCCUCUCCUGCAUGUCUUCCUGGACCUGUGCUGAUUUCAGCAUCUUCGUUGUGUGACUCAGUUCUUCUCAGGAAGCCAUAGAGGUUUUUCUUUCUAGAGCUUUGAGCAUUUGAAGAAUUCUGCCCACCGUGUCUUCUCUCCUCCCACUGCAAUCGAUAGCAGAGAAUGGAGAGGCUGGUCAUUUUUUCAGACUGCUCUGUUGAACACGGAUCUGCAAAGCUGGCGUUGGUACUCCUACAGCCAGUGCUGGGACACAUACAAUUUGUGGUGUGUGAUGCUUUCAGGUUGCUCUAAGUGUCAGUUUGACAUACCUGAAUCCUGGGGCAUUUUUUUGUGACUGUAAUCAUCAAUAACAGCAUAUCUGUGAUGGAUCAGUCAGGAUGGGAAAGUUAGGCUGCAGGAACAGCAGGGUGAAAUGCUUGCCGCUUCUGUUCAUGCUGACCAUACCCAAACACAGAACUGGUGCAAUCCUGCCAUGCCGUGGAGGCAGAGAGCCAGGAAUAACCAGGCACAGCGUGUGCCUCCUCUUAGGGCCCCCAUAGUGGAGGGCUCUCCCUGCACCGAAGAUGCUCCACAGCCCUCUAGGAGCUUGGGGACCAGGCCAGAGACCCUGUGCUGUGCUGCUGACAGUGCUAAAUUUUGACAGUGCUAAAUUUCACUGCUGCGUAGGGGAUUAGCCAGCGCAGGCCGCCAGGUCUGGCUCGGGAUGGCGCGACCUCUGGAGUUUUCCACAGUCCUGCCAUUGGAAGUGAUCCCAGGAGACAAGGCAUCAUGGUGCUCCUAUGUUCUUCCUGUUUUCAGACACGACAUUUCACCUGCCUCUCGGAGGCUGAAAUAAGUUAAAUAAGGUUAUGCUGGAGAAAAGUGGACAUUCUAGUGAUCUCUACAUCUGAACAUGAAAUCAGAUUAUCUGAUCUCCUUAGCUUUUGUUGUUUGUUUGUUUUUUGAGGCAGAGUCUUGCUCUGUCCUCCAGGCUGGAGUGCAGUGGCAUGAUCUUAGCUCACUGCAACCUCUGCCUCCCAGGUUCAAGCGAUUCUCCUGCCUCAGCCUCCCUAGUAGCUGGGAUUACAGGCAUGCACCACCAUGCCCUACUAAUUUUGUAUUUUUGGUAGAGGCGGGGUUUCAUCAUGCUGGCCAGGCUGGUCUCCAACUCCUGACCUCAGGUGAUCUGUCCGCCUCAGCCUCACAAGGUGCUAGGACUGCAGGCGUGAGCCACCGCGCCCGGCUGAUCUCCUUAGUUUUUAAACUCCACUGUAGCCAAAGAACUUUGGGAGAGAUUCACUUGGCCCCAACAGGAUCUGAGGACCACCUCCCUCACAUAUGCUUCCCAGUGAAUUUGGAACGUCCAUCCAUGUGAGGAAAGAGCUUGCCUCUGGCAGGGUUAAGACAAGGUGUGCGUUCAGUUGAAUGAAGGUGGGCACUCCCCACUUUGGGGGCCAGACUUUUCUUCUUCGCUCACACUAUAUUUUUAAUGUAGGAUGAUCUUUGUGUAGACUGGUACAUGGCAGAACACUAAGAAGAUGAAACUUUUUAAGUGAAAAUAUUUUCAGGCCUAGGUAGCCAGUAAGGUGACCCUGCAAUGGUCUGUUUCCUUCUGAGCCUCCAGGAAGGAAACCCACCCGAUGAUGCCCAAGGGACGGGAGAGGGCCGCCACACGGGCUGGCGAGACAAAGUCAGGGAGGCAACAGAGCCAGCUGGCAAGUGCAGGAGACUGCCCACAUUCGGGUUUUGUUUUGCUUGGUAUUUUAGUUUUUUAAAAACCACUUUGUUGAGGCCUGGUUGGCAUAUAAAAAGCUGGGCAUAUUUUACAUACUUAAUUUCUACAUCUCGAUGAGUCUGGGGGUGAGUCUGUGAAGCCAUCACCACCAUCAAGACCGUGAACAAGUUCAUCACAUCUCAGAGUUGUGCAUCGCCUCCUGCCUCCUUUGUUAUUAACAUUGUUAUUAUUUUUGGUAAGAAUCCUUACUAUAAGAUCUAACCCCGUCUCUACUGAAAAUACAAAAUUAGCCAGGCAUGGUGGCACUUGCCUAUAAUCUCAGCUACUUCAGAGGCUGAGGCAGGAGAAUUGCUUGAACCUGGAAAGCAGAGGUUGCAGUGAGCUGAGAUCGCGCCAUUGCACUCCAGCCUGGGCAACAGGAGCAAAACUCCAUCUCAAAAAAAAAAAAGAUCUACUCUGCUAGCAGUUUUAAGUAGACAGUACAGUAUUGUUAGCUGGAGUCACACUGCUGUACAGUAGAUCUCCAGAACUUACUCAUCUUGCAGAACUAAACUAUAGUCUUGGACCAACACCUCCCCAUUCCAACCCCAGCCCCUGGUAACCACCAUUCUACUCCCUGCUUCUAGGAGAUUGACUUUUUAGCUCCAACAUAUAAGUGAGAUCAUGUGGUAUUUGUUUUCCUGUGACUGGCUUAUUUCGUUUAACAUAAUGUCCUCCAAGUUCAUCCAUGUUGUCACAAAUGACAAGACUUCCUUCUUUUUUAAGGCUGAAUUGCCCCACGUUGUCUGCUAGGGGUUCCUUGUUCCCUGUCUCUGGACCUGCUUCCUGAGUCUCCUUUCUCCAACCCCAGGGUGUCAGUGAUGUUGGCUCUGACUGGGUAAGAGUGGUUAACUCCGCUGCACCCAUCGGCACUGCCCUCACCCUCUAUCUUUAAGUUCAGACUAUUUAGAGCUAUUUGAGUUUGAAUUAAAAUGAAUUAAAAUUAGAUAAAAUUAAACAUUUGAUUUCUCUGUCUCACUAGCCACUGUUCAGUGCUUGGUGCUUAGUGACCAUAGCAUAUAGGAGCUAAGCUAGGGAGAGGUGCGGCCCGUGGAGGAAAGGAGCAGGGACCCGGCUCAGCCCUGCCCGGGACAGCUGUGAAUUGCUAGAUUAGACCUCGUGAGAGCCACUUCAGGGGGAAAUGGGAGCUCAGAGAGCCACCUUAGAAGACAUGGGGUGACACUGCUGAGGUCAAGAGCCAGAGUGAAAACUGCUCGGUUGGUUUCUGUCCUGUCCGUAAAAUCAGCGUCAACUUAUGAGUAGGAAUGUUUAAUGUGUGUCGAGUGCCUCAUUUGUCUGGAUAUCUGGUUUCACUGGUACUUCCCCAGCCUGGGUUUGUUGCGGUUCCCCGUCUGAAUGUUAUUUGGGUCCAUGCUGUAAGACUGCCUUCUAAGAGACUUCUGAUUAUUCUGAUAAUAUUAAUCUCUUAGAAAGGGGUCCACAGUGGGGGGUAUGUUGAUCUUCUGGAUUACUUGCCAGGGUUGUGAUGUUCUAAUAUAUCUCUUUCUCAGCUGGUUUUAACCUGCUGACGGUUUCCCCCUGGGAAGUUCAGUGAUUCAUUCCAGACUGGAGGCGUUUUGACUGAGGCCUAUCAUGAAGUCCCCUGAGAGGAUCAAGCGCCUCUUCUGUGGUUACCUUUAAUGGCAGGUAUGGCCAUGGAGGCCCAUACAGGUGUCUCGGGGCAAUCAAAGGCCCCUUCUUAGGGGAACAUCGUGCUUCCUAUUUCCCUGUCUCCAGCCCAGUUCUGGCCCCUGGAGGCUCAAGGAGCACCUGCUAGUUUCCUUCUGGUCUCUCCACCUUACUUCCCACUCUGGGCGCAGAAGUGCUGUGUGGAAAUUAUGCACCAGGGAGCUCCGUACAAGCAGUAGAGAGUCUCAGCUAAGCUAAGGGAGAUGAGAAUGCAAAGCUCUGGCAGGUCCUGUUGACUGUGGGCCUCAUCUGCACUCAGCAUUCACUCAGUUCCACUGCAUGCCUGUCAGUGUACACUCCUUCAUGUGCGGCGUGUGGCUACAAUGUGGGAGGACGCACAUUCCAGGCAGUGCUCUCUGCGGUUGCUGAGACAGAUGCCACAAAACUUGCUGAAGGUGGUCUCAGAGGCUGGGGCUGCUCGGCAUCUCUCACUGAGAAAGAGCAGGUGACAGAGAAGAAAGCAAUCCACGCAGAGCCCUUUCCCACACCAGGAGUUCCCCUGAGCUCUGCCCUUUGGGCUGCUCCUCCAGCUGCCCCUUCCUUGCUCAUUCAGCACAGUAUUUAGUAAGCACAGUAGAUCUGGGCAUUACAGAGCUACGGGUGACUUCUGGAGUGAUUCGCUGCCUUCUGCUGGGCUCUUACUGGCAGCGACAGUGGGAUGUGCUUAGGAUAUUGCUUUUGUCCUACCUCACGCCAAAGUUGUUUCAUUCAACGUCAGCGGGAAGCAGAUAACAUUGUCAACACUUCGCCAUUAAUGGUAAAGGGAUCAAUUCAACAAGAAGAGCUAACUAUCCUAAAUAUAUAU